AGAGAGAGAGAGAGAGAGCGAGAGAGAGAGUCUGACUCCCACCGUUCACAUCGGCAGUUGUAGAGAAAGAGAGAGAGAGGAAGAGAGAGAGAGAGAGAGAGAGAGAGGAGAAAGAAAGAGAGAGCUGUCACAGCGAGGAGAGAGUCUACAGCAACUUGUUCACAUGUACCCACCACCGAGCGGAGGAAUAAAAAUUAUUUCAACACGGAUUUACAAAUGCCAUUAACCGCGUGACCGCCGACCGCGAUGGACAUGCACGAGCCGGCUGCACGGAGUUGUUUGAUCCGGGUGGUCGCGUAAGAGACCGGCAAGAAACUCAUGGUAGGGUUAUUAAUUCAUCAUUUCACCCUUUUGCAUUUGUGUUUUUUAUCAGUUGCAAAUACGUGACAUGCAGUUGUGUGUUAUUAUCUGUUUCUAGUUGGUGAAGUUGCCCUCGGGGUUUUUCAGUUUUCUGUCUUGGGGAAUGGAAAAGUUUGCUUGUGGCUGAUUUGCCUGUGUGAGCGCGCGUCGUAUAAAAGCGGAGACAUCGCCAACAUAACGGGCUCCUUUCAGCGGAGAGGCGCCCGCUGCCCGUUCAGAAUGAAUGGGUCACUAUGUAUUCUAAUCUAACUCAAGAGUUCACUCAGUUUUUCGGUGGGUUUAAAGCGGCAGAGAGCUGCUCCUUCAGGACCGAGCAGUAUCUUGACGCGCGUACUGUGGAGGAAUAUCACCGAGAUCAAACGAACCAGUAGUGUUGUAAAUAUCAAAUCACGUCGUUUCCACUUUGAGUACGAGAUCUUCUUUAAAGCAGAGGAGAUGCUGUGAUUUAUUUUUCCUCGUGACUGGGCUGGGAUGUGUGGCGAUAUUCAUGAGACGCGUUUGUUUGCAAGCGCUUCGACCGUGAGAGCCAAAACAAAAGGAUUUCCAGCUGACCAAUGAGAGGAGGGGAAGCCUCAGGAGGGACGGAGUGGUCCUCUCGCCUCUUUGUCCUCCUACCUGAGACGGCAAAACAGGCUACACACUGCCAGGAGACAGGCGAGGGAAUAACAAGGGAUAUUUGUCAGACGGAUCCCCAUGCGUAAAAGUAACCUUUUUACCAGUUUGGGUACAUUUCUGCCUGGUUACACCCACAGACGCUCCUUCAUACCUCACUAGAGAUUAUGAAGAGUGGUGCUGAGGAUUUAAAGUGUCAUCCAACACCUGCUAAUGAAGCUCUGAAAAGUUCACACCACACCAUCCUUGAUUGAAUCCUAUAAAACUUAAAGUUUAAAGCAAACACGUAAAGCGUUUCCACUCAAAAAGCCUACAGAUUUAUGCAAAUGCUGAUAUUUUUGAAUAAUAGUUGAGACAUGCCCAGAGGGCGCAUCUCAUCACUUUAACCCCCUUCCUCUACCCCUCAUUACUUUCAAGUUGAAUAAGUUAAUGUGCAGAGGAACAUGAGGGUUUUUAAUUACUAUACUUGAGCUUUCAAUUAAGUACAUGCGAGCAGCUUGCCAGCACAUUAGCUGCAAGGGUUUCAAACAGAAAGUGAGCUAAUCUCUGGAGAGCAGAAGAGUUGGAGCAGUUAACUGAUAAGUCAAAUGACGGCAAUAUUAAUCAUCAAUAUGAAUGCAUGAAUGAUUUAGAAAGCAAAACUGCUAAGAAUGAUCAGAAUGGACAGUCUGAGAGUGAGGGUUUGCUGCUUUUCUCUGAUAUGUACGGAAGCAGAAAUGUGCAAAAAUGCUGUUGUUUUUUGGAUUUCUUGUUUGCUUAUUUUCCUUCAAGUUGAAACUGAUGGAAGUAAAGUGAAUGGAGCUUAAAAAUGACAAAAUUCUGAACACUUGUACACAAUGUGGGCUUUGACGGUGUUGCAGGACCAGGAAAAAAAACAACUGAACAUGCAAGUGUACAGUUGUUACUGCUGCUGCUGUUUUCUGUUGGUGUUUGGACUUUUUUAAUGUGAUUUAUAGAGUAGAGUGAAAUAAUCUUUAGACUUAAUUGGUGAAUUUGAGAUUAAAGCUCCUGUGAGGAGUCUUUUAAUGUUUAUAAAAUGUACUGAAAUAUGCAAUAAUGGUUUUUUAAUGGUAUCUAAAAGCAAGUAAGACCAUCAGGGACAAGACUGACACUCUUGAUAUUGUUAUUUUUAGUGUUUGAAUGGUGAGAGGGGGUAGGUGUAAGCCGACUAGCUCAAGAAGUGACUCUGUUUUUAUAGUUUCCACUUAAAAAAAAAAAUCACAAUAAAUCAAACAUUUUAAUGUUAAAAAUCAGCUGGAUGACAUUUUCUGUCAGGAGAUGCUACUUUAAGUCAGCGAAGGACAAGAUAAGCCAAGACUGCUUAGUCCCCAGCUGAUACAAACCGAAGCUUUAAUUUGAGCUAUUAACUGAUAAGAUCACCAUCGUCAUAGAAACACAACCUUCAGUCAAAACUGAGGGAUUAUUUCAAUCUAGGUGUAUUCGUAGAUAAUUUUUAAGAACAUAAAGUCGUCUUGUGACAGCUUGUUUACAUUUGUAGUUAGUGAUCAGGGUCAGUCUGUCAGGAUAAUCGUUAAACUCUAGAUAACUGAACAUUAUCUGUUAAUUAAUGUCUUAUGGAGGUGCGGUUGAAAUGUGAUAUCUUUGCCCGGUGCACAGAAGUCCAAGUAACGCCAUUGUCUGGGACAUUUAAACCUAAUUUCAACCAUUUUUUUAGGGAGACGGGAGAAUGUAUGUCCAAACAGUUAUUAAACCAAACUUUGAACUAAUUUAUGGAAAUUUGGCUCUAUCUUGAUGCUAUGGAUGUCAAGACACCAUUCACUAAGCUGGGAGGAUAUCACUGAUUUCUGAUAAACAUAAAAAAGCAACAAAAUUGACAAGCAAACAAUUCCUUGAGUUAUCUUGCGAACUCAAAAUGUUGUUUUUCACUUUAAAAACUGGAUUAAAACAUUGUAAACAUGAACAGAGCCAUUUUUGACUUCCAUACAUUUGUGUCUCUGUGGACCAAAUGCUUACAGUUGAAACCAGAAGUUUACAUACACUAUAUUAAAAGGCGCAUAACCUUUUUUUUCUCACUGUCUAACAUUAAAUCAGAUUAAACUUUUCCUGUUUUUGGUCAAUUAGGAUUACCAAAAUUGUUUUUAUUUGCUAAAUGCCAGAAUAAUGAGAGAGAGAAUUUUUUAGACAAUUUUUUAUUAUUUUCUCGAGAGUCAAAAGUUUACAUUUAUUCAUUAGUAUUUGGUAGCUGCCUUUUAAUUGCAUGACUUGGGUCGAAUGCUUUGGAUAUGCUUCUCUCUCUCAUUAUUCUCUCUCUCAUUAUUUUGGCAUUUAGUAAAAAUGUAAAAAUAAUUUUCCUAAUUGACCCAAAACAAGAAAAGUUUAAUCUGAUUUAAUGUUAGACAGUGAGGAAAAAAAGGUUAUGUGCCUUUUUAUAUAGUGUAUGUAAACUUCUGGUUUCAAUUGUAGGUUCCAGAGGAUGUGGACAAAACCAGGAACCAUACCGCAGUGACCUUUUGACUUUUUACCUUUCAAUGUCCAAACAAACAAUAAAACAUGACAAGAAUGAAUAAAAAUGAUAAUUACUUGCAGCCAUAAAAUGCGCCUUCAGUUUGGAGCGUGUAUAUCUCAGAGUGAUGCAUGCAAAGCCUUCGCAGGCAUAGGUAGAUAUAAAAACCCUCCCUGUGUUUGCGCUUCUGUGCGUGGUGUGAGCGUGUGUAGCCGUGUGCUUACAAGUUGACACAGUGUGUGUGCGUAGGAGGCGGAGACGUAGGCGUCGUAAAUGUGGCAGGGAUUCUCUUUCUCGCUGCGAUAUAUUAUUACACAGAGAGUGGGACGGAUGAUUAGGAUGAUUUAAAUGCCGCAACAGCGAGUCGUGUGUGUGCGUGGCCUCCAGCAGCCACUCUGUUCUGUUUGAGCUCAUUUCAUCUCUCAGCGCUGCAGAUUUCUGACUGAAGCACUUUGAUGAAUUACUCCGUCCGAGAGAAGUUGAGCUGUAAUAUUUCUGGCUGAUUGUUCUCGAUUUAGAUGCAGCGAUAAACGGGGUUAUUGUGGAAGGUUGAUGAAGUGUUCAUUUCAGAGGAACUUUAAGUAAAUAAACAAUAAAUCACAUGUUGUCUCAUCUGCAUGUGGAGCAGGGUUUAGUGCAGUGUGCAUGAAGGAGGAGGCAAAACUAUGAAUGAAUGAAAGAGGGGGGUGUUUCAAACACCUUCAUGUAGAUGGUAUCACAGCAGGAAGUGCAGCUUUUAGGCCGAAUUUCCCGUCAUUACAGAUUCCACUGAUAGUGAUUCUCUCAGUAAUAGACCAGCACUAGACUCUUAAUUAUUGCAAUCCAGACAAAGAGGGGAUGCCUUUGUUAUUGAAAUCUUUGUCAGAGAUUUCUCCAGGGAAGGAAAUUCAAUUGAAACGGCUGAGAGAAUCCAAGGGAAUUCAAUUUAAGCGUCCUUUUUAGGGCCACUUCAUCAUGAAAACGGGGGCAAAUUUGGCAGCAAACAUGCGCCGAGAUGUUGCCCUAUUCAGAUCCGUGGGUCAUUAGACAUUGACAUUGAUAAAACAUAACCCCCCAUGUUUGAGCAAAUGCUCAACCGCAGGCUGAAUUUGUCAGAAGAUGAAACAAGUGCGUCUUCAAAGCAGAUUUCGUUCCCAUGUUGUCUUUGAGUAAUUGGCAAAACACGCACGGUAACUUCUGUGCAGGCAAGACGCUUUCAUUAGUCCAGACAAAUGGGUCCAAAUGAAGACUUUCAUGUGAUUUGUACUGCUGCCCUGUAUUUAAUGUCAGAUAAAUUUAAAACGCUGGCGCUCCUGUUUAUUCAAACAAUUAACAUUUUCUGAAAAGAGAGCGCAUUCGUUAUCGCCGUGGAUAAAUCUGGGAGAAAUGUGCAUAUUUGGAAAGGACUGUGCCUUGCUGUGAUUCAUUAAUGUGACUGGAAAUUAGAAUAAACAAAGUGCUGCGUGGAUUGAAUGAAGCCAACUUCUUCUUCGCUCCACUUUGUCCUUUGUGAAACAGGCGUUGUUGUCUGGAACAUUUUGAACCAGACGGGGGCAAAUGACCCAAGUGUCUCAUCCCAGAAACCUCCGACCGGUCCCUUAGCUAACCCUUGCGUCUGUAUUUUCCUAGUGACUCACACAUUCUUGCCUUGCUCUGAUAACCCGGACACCUUUUCCCUCCCUUCUUUCUUUCUUUGGGUUACAUCUCCUUUUUCAGCCUGAGAGCCUGAAGCAGCGCUCUGUGUUUCUCAAAUGAAGCAUUUGACCUCUCUUUCAGGGGUCUUUUAUUUUGGUCGCUGCUGCAGGAAGCUGAGUGUCAAGUGUGCAUCAGGGGGCUGCUGUGUGUAGCUCUGCUGGGCUCCUGUGGGGCACAGGGCACACUGACUGUACAUAUGGAGCCUCAAACCGUAUGUAUUCAGGCAUUCAAGCAGGAUCAGAUGUCUUUGAAAUAUGCUGUCCUCAUACUACCUCACUGUUGUGACUCCACCAGAAACUGUUGGGAGUUUUUCCUUUCCAAAUAUUUCUCCUCCUUAUGUCAACCAAUUUUGGAUCUAAGAGAUACAACACAGGCAUACAGUAUGUGAGGAAAGACUGCAAUGUGUGAUAACGGUGCUUAAGUAUUGCUAUGUAGAAAUGAAAUGUGUAAAGACAAACACCCUGAAGUGUAAGAGCUGGCUAUGACUCACAUGUCUUACAUCAUCUCAGGUUGUAUUUUCUUUUGUUUGGUGUGUUUUACACAGUCACCGUGCUCAAAACAAGUCAUCUCUCUUGAAUCCAAAAUAGCAAAACUGAUGUUCCCUUCACCAUCACAGGCUAUUUUUCUUUCUACUCAAGCAUCUUUAAAGUUUUAGAUUUUGAUAGGUCAGUGGGUUCACCAUCUGUGGGCAAAGUAGUCCCAUAAAAGGCCUUUGCAGCUGGUUCUAUUCUCCAACAGAGAGUGUCGAGGAAUUCCUUGUGAAGAUGACUCGCUAUUGCCGUUAGUAGUGGACAUAUUGAGGCAGAGGCAUUGCUUUUCUCUCUCUCAAUACAAGUGAAGGCUCACGGGAUUCAAUUGUGAAUAACUGUGAAUGACGUUUCUUUGAACAUUUCUAUCUGAAUAACAUUGACCUUUUCACCUACAUAAAGUACCAGACAUGAGUAAACUAGACCCACAGUAGAAAGUGAAAAAAUAAAAAAAAUUUAAGUGAAAUGAAGUUUAGUUUCAGCUGACAGCUAUCUGGGAUUUCAUGAGCUUUUCAACUUUGUGUUACAGUGUCAAAAGUGAAGCACCAUUAUUACUACACCUUUGAACUAGUACUGCACAGCAAACAGAAAUUCAUUUUUAAGUACUUUUAUUCUAAAUGGGAUGGUAACAGAGUGUACUCAUGUCUAGUACUUUAUGUAAGUGAAAAGGUCAAUGUUAUUCAGAUAGAAAUGUUAAAAGAAACGUCAUUCACAGUUAUUCACAAUUGAAUUCCGUGAGCCUUCACUUGUAUUGAGAGAGAGAAAAGCAAUGCCUCUGCCUCAACAUGUCCACUACCAACGGCAAUAGCGAGUCAUCUUCCCAAGGAAUUCCUGGACACUCUCUAUUGGUGAACAUAACCAGCUGCAAAGGUCUUUAGUGGGACUACUUGGCCCACAGAUGGUGAACCCACUGACCUGCUUCAAAGUAGAAUUACAGAAGGGUGGAAACAAUUUAAACAUUACUAAGCACCUAGACCUCUACGAGAAGUACAAUACACAUCAGGUCAGUAUGUAAGGCAGUGAGCUAGCCUGCUAGAAGGUUGUCGAACUGUUUUAUUGAAAGUGCCAUUAUUUCAACAGGUGAGUUCCAUCAAGACAUAUGCAUUACACAAACAGUUGAGGUUGAAAGUAGCUAUGACAUAUGCUUUUGAACUUUUCAGGCCAAUAGUGUAUUUCAGCUGGGAAAUUGAAGAUCAAGUUGUGCGGUCUGUUUAAGUUUUAUUGGACUAAAAUUAGGAGCCAGCCCUCAAACCUUACUUGACUGCUGUUGUAAUGUAGCUUCGCUUUGGGUUUUGAGCAUUACUUGUAAAUUGACUUAAUGCCCAUUUAAGAACGAUACUGUUGGACUUACAGGUAACGUUAUCAACCAAGAGUUAUUAGUAAUAUUUUCCUAGUCUUUAACAUCUCUAUUUUUCAGAUUUUCUGCUUCUUUAAAUAUUCCUUUAGAGCGCCUAUAAGGAAUUUUCUCUUUGUUACGACUUUGGUGCUGCUUGUGAAUGAAGAAGCAUCUUUUAACUUUAUGCUGAUUUGCCUUGUACUUGUAUAAGUCCUGCUUUCUUACAAAAAAUAUCACCCUCUAACUCUUAUAAAGAAAGAAAAAACUCCUCACAGGAGCUUUACGGUGAAUUAGACAUUUUCAAGGGUUUAAGUUUUUUUUUUUUUGACAGAAAAAGCACUUUAAAGGAGUCAGUGUAAGCACUGCAACUUGUGAUAAGAAUUUUUUAUUAUUUUUUGACAUCCUAUGGACUUAAGGAUGAAGAAAAAAUAAGGUAGCAUAUGUCACACUACAGAAAUUAGCAGAAACAGUUGUUUACCAGCCUAUUAUUAGAUGUUUAUUAUUUAAAGCGGAUACUGAACAUGCAGGAACAGCUUCAGCUGACAGAUAAAUAUGCGUCAUCAGUAUGCAGAAGGAGUUUUUUUGCAUCAACGUAAACAAAUUUGACUGUCAGAGGCUGUUUUCUUCUGUGCGCCUAUUUAAAAAGUUAAGUCCUGGGCUAUUCAGCGGCCUAUCAAAACAUGUCAGCCCUUAUAGAUGCCAUCUUGAGCCUCACUCCUGUCACAAGUAACCCCUUUUGUUUCUUAAAGUUUCAUAGACAGACGGCUGUUUUAGUGAGCCUGCGCCUAUGUGACAGCAGGCUCCAGUUUUAGACUGAAUGAUCUAAACUGAAGAGACGGUAUCCGGGUGCUUUCGGUUCAGGGGUUUGGAGGAUAAUGGUCCAUGUAGGAGGCCCUGUGAUGGAUGGAUCCCCUAGUGAAGUUAUGUUAUGUAUUCCUGAUGAGAGCAGUGGAUCAGCAGACAGGAUUUAUGUGGCUGUGGAGGAGCGAGCACUCAAGAAGAUGCUGUCUGUCCGAGCGGCCGUCCAAGGCUGUUUAUCACUGUGAUUGAUGUGCCUCUCGUGAUUAAGCUAACACGCUGACAGACAUUAAUCUGCUUUAUCUCUGGAGUCACUUGCAUGGAAGUUAUUUUUCUCAAUGUUACUGGCUCUAGUAAACAAGAGGGGCAUGGAAACAUCAUUCUCUUUCUGGAUGUGACUAAUCUUGUCAUAGUCUGGGAGGUCUCAACCCUUUUAGACUCGUUUUAGCAUGAGGAACUUUUAUUACAUUUAUGAGUCCAAUACAUCCCUUUAAAAAUGUCUCUUAUAAAAAAUCUGCCGGUAAAUUACAACCUCAAAAGACGCUUCCAGGCACAAAUACAGUUUUGACAUGUGUUUGCUCUAUAAGACAAAGAAGCUUGGCCAAUGGCUCCGAGCUUCAAAUGUAACAGCUUAAGUACCACUCAGGCAUUGGUUUGGCAGCUGCAGAGGUUUGUGUCAAAGUUAUUAAUAUGAAAAGCAACAUCUGUUUUGACACUUGACAAAGAAGUAGCUCUUGAAAGUAACUCUCAAAUACAAGCAUUUCACAUUUCAAGGCUGUCAUCCUCUAGUAGUCAAGGUUAAUGUUUGUAUCAGAUAUGCUGAGACACUGAAAGUACUCAAUAACUUAAAACAUUCUUCAUUUCUGGGUUUUGACAAAAGCGCUAAGCGUUUUUUUAAUGAGCGAGCAUACAGUAUGUCACUUGUCUAAUGCUGUACAAUGUUUCCCCAUUUUUUUCAGCAGCGGCGCUUCUGUGUUUGGGGGGGGGGGGAUUUCGCUGUUACUCCCACUCUCUAGCCGCUCAUGGUGCUACGCUGUUAGGUUCGCGCUACAUAGACCACGUAUAAGCUUGAACGUUACCUUUCACAUUGAUGGAAAAGGGUCCGAUAGGGUUUGAUGCGCUCCUUGAUGACUUAAAACAAGCUGAAAAUUACGUCAUCUGUUCUUGUGCUCACACAGUGUGAGUAGAAAUCAUUAGUGGCGCAUUGAUAUUAAUGAUCAUGUGAAAUUUCAGUAGUGGCGCACGUAAUUCAGCAGUGGCGCACCUGAAUGAAUGUUGGGAAACAUUGCUGUAUUACGAUUAAAUGUAAUGUAAAUAUUCCUGUAAUGUCACUUAAGCAUUGCUACAUUCCAGUUACCAGUCAGAUGCUGGAGCUGGGAAUGACGUUACACCGGAGUCGACAGUGUUUCUGUUAACAAGUUGGAUGCCUACUGUUAGCCGUUGUUAGCUAUACCAAUUGAAAACAACGCAUAACAUGGUAUUUUGCUCGCACAAACACCAUAGUACCAUGUCCGCACUUAGACGUUGGGCAGUACAACAUAUACGACUUAAUUAAUUUCACAAAAACAAAACAAAGAUGCUAACAAAUAAAAGAUUACAUGAGCUGUCACUCUUACUGUUUGCUGUUAAUGCACGGCACUGCUAUCUUGGAUUAUGACAUUGUCGUCAAGUUGGGGUUGGUGAGGAUUGUCUGACUUUCCAAGUCAGAAAUUCGUCUUAAGGGGAGUGUUCCAGAUGAAUUUCCAACUAGGAACUUGGAAAUUUUGACUUUCUAGUACAACUGGAAAAUCGCAUAUGUUAAUUGCUUAUAUUUAAAGCAUUAGGCCAUUUAUCAGGUGAUUUUUGAUGGCAUUUAAGUGAAUGUGGUUUUGUGCCCAUGUUUCUCUUCUCAUUAUCAAAAGGGCAAAAAUAAUGCAUAUAAUCUUUCCUUUUUAUUUCCAAUGACUAAAUGAUCCCACUUGAAAAAACUGUCUUACGGUCGAUAUAUAAAGGGAAAACCUUGUUUAACAGCUUAACCACGAAACAGGAAUAACCAGCUCACACCUAAAAGCUGUGACUUUCACAUGUGUGUAGUGUCUGAUUUACAUUUCUGAAGGACAUUAUUAUUGCACCAACAUUGUGCUGUGUUUGUAAGCCUGGGCAUCACGCUGGGACUCUGAGGUGCUGAGUUAGGAGGUAAAAAUCUGGCAUCUCAAGAGUCUCGCGUGCCGUUGCCAGGCUGGGGGUCAUUGCUUGUAUUAAUGAAGCAUGGGAAACUUAACUGGCUUUUAUUUCCCUCACCAUCUGCACUCAGUAGCGCCGUAUAGAUGGAGUCUGUCAACUGAGAACAAGCCUCUCUUUGCAGUAGUAGUCUGAUUUAUGAGGCUGUGUGGUCGGAUGAUAGUACAACUGAUGGUGACAAAUGUGUGUACAAUUAUGUAAAUAUCCCUGUUUACCUAACACAUCGGGCGUUGUGUCUCUUUAUCAUUAGGUUGAGACUGCUGGAAAGAAAGUGUAAUUAACCUCAUGUGUUUCUGUCUUUAACUAAGGACCUUUAAAGAGCUGAUUGGUCGAUCCAGAUUGGAAACCGAAUGGCGGCUAACAAAUACUUGGACCUUGAUGCGACUCAGUUUAUUAAUUGCACUUUUUAUUGACAGCUUUUGUUGCAGUAUACAUUUAAAUAUCUGUUAGAAAAAACUGUUAAAUGAAGUUUUUACACAUUGCAAAUAAAUAAUCUGUUGUCCUCCUCUGCAGAGAUAAAAGCUCAAGAAACCGUUUAACUACAGAGUUGUCUUGCAUCCAGAUUUCUGUAUUGAUUUUACUCCACUAGAGUUUUUUUUUUUUUUAAACACAUCACUACAUCAGCUAAGAGAAAGAAAAUGAGCAAUGAAAUAAAUAAAUUAAUAAACAGAGCGUACAGUUUUUCUACUUGUGAGUUUAAAAAUCUAUAUUUAAGCAGCCUGGGUCAUGGAUGCUUUCAUGUGUUGCCAUGGAAUCCCUUUGGUCGGCAGAGACCCAGUAUUAGUGGUUGUGCGUGUGCGAGUGUGUCUGUGUGAGAGAGCGAUAUAGACAGUAUCUGUCUUCCAGAUGUCACUCUAAUGGGGCUGACACAGACCUGUGGGGACCUCAGACAAUGUAGAGCACUGAGGAGGAAUGUGUUCAUUUCCAAAUUACCUCCAGCUACUCCUCUUAAAUGCUCUGCUGUGUAGCCUCGCAGUACUUCAGCCUUCUCUCUCUGCACUGUGGUUUAUUUUUUCCUAUUUUCUGUUUACUCAAUCUUCCUAGAAAUGGAACUGGGCACGUUUCAGACGGUGAUUGUAAGUUCAAACAUCAGCAGAAUCCUCCGGGGUUCAUUUAGCAGAAGAAAAAGGCAGCAUCUUAACUAGCUCAGGCUGGUAAACAGGAAAAAAAAAAAACCUUGUAUGCGUUUCCCACUUCGCUGCACGUCUGUUAGAGUUCGAAGGUCAACAUCGAGUUCCGUUUACCACACAGGCUUGAAAUGUCCAGCAGGAGUGUCAGAUGCACCUGCAGGGCUGUUUGCAUUUUCAGACUUUUGGCAAAGAGAGGAAGAAAAUCAUAUAGAGCAAGAAUGGAGCUAGAAAAUUUGACAAUCUGAAGAGAAAAUUGUAAAUAAAACGUCUGUGCACAAUCCUAAACAGCUUUCUUUUAAAAACUUUCAUUUCCUCACUGUAAAUAUUCAUUCAUACAUUUACAUGGGCUUACUAGAGGUUAUAACAACUGUAGCAACUAUAUUAGCUUAGGUCCAAGACUAGAGGACAUGAGUGUUACCUUGUAUUUUUCACAUUACAAGUAUUCCAUGAAGGUAACAUGCAAGAGGUAACAGAAAAUGAGUGAGUUGUUAGUGAAUCAGAAUCUCAGUUCUAAAUGGAGAAGUCCUGCCAGAGAUGGCCCAAAAAAGGAACUUUUGUUUUUGAUGUUGUGUUCCCCAGUUUAGGGUGCUAAAAGUAACUUACAUUGCUAACAUGUUUACAGGCUUAGAAUACAAACGGGAAGUUGCACUGUAAGUUGCCUGUAACUGCUGCAAGGGGGAGAAACACGGAAAAAUAUCUUGAAUUACUUUAUCCGCAUCAGAAUUUUCAUGCUGAGUCAUUAAUUCCACAGUGAAAUCUAGGGCCCAACUGAUUUAUCGGCGAGCCGAUUAAAUCAGCCAAUUUUAGCCCGUUUGAGACUAAUCGGUUUAUCAGCAUCAGCCCCAAAAAAUACAUAUUGGUCGGGCCCUAUAAAAACGCAAUAGGAUGAGUUCACGACAUGACAAUUCACACCACUUUCUGAAAAAAAUCUGCAACAAUGAGUUACCACUUAGUCCACAGGGGGCGCCAAAGUCAAUAUUAACAGAGAGUUCCUCACAAGAGCUUUAAGUAUUGAUCAGCAGUGCUUAAGAAUCUUGACCCUGACAAUUUUCCUUAAUUUUGUUUCCCAGCAACUUAAAGCUUAUAAAUCAUGUAGAAAAGAAAAUUAAAAAGAUUAAAAAAAAAAAAAAGGUGUAACUCAGUAAAAAUGUAAUCUACAGUUUAAAGAAAAACAUUAACUAUCGAGCAACAUUUACAAGUAAACAAAACUAACAUUUCUUCACCAUUGUGUCAAAGUGCUUGCUCAGCAGAGUAUGGCUCUUCAGUUAAAGCGUCAUGACAUUAUACUUUCGGUAUAAUUGAGCGAUUUUUGAGUUAAAAUUUGUUGUAUUUUAAACCGACAUCUUUCAGUCCUUAUCUUAUGCUGACGAACACCCACACCCACCUGCCCGUGUCACAAGGUAUUUUUAUCAAAUGUCAUUCUCAGUGCUGCACCUAUCACUUUGUGGGAUUAUCCCUGCCAAGUUAAUUUAGAGCAGGAGUUUUUAUAUAUCUGUGCAGGCAGCCGCUGCCAGUAUGAACCUUUGGCGAAGGAGAGGAAAUUUCACACUUUGUAAGAUGGAUGUGCUGUUGUAGUCAGAAAACCUCCUCCUUCCCUGCCCCCUCCCCUCCAUUUAUCAGGACGUGGCCAAGCAGGCAGGUAGAGUUAUGAUUAAACUGUUUUCUUUUUCUCUCUUUUUUUUUUUAUUGCUGCAAUCUAUUCCCAGAGUUUACCGAGCAAGACAGACUAUGAUUUAUGCUAAACCUCGCUCUCAGAUUUCAGAGCAAGAAGGGCUGCAACCCUUAAAAAUUAAGACACCAUGCAAUUAAUCCUCCAUCUUUAAAGGAGAGACCUGUUUAUGCUCCCCUUUAAUUUGUCGAUUUAACCUUCCUGCUUGUCUGCUAAGCCUGGAGAAUUUGUCCAAGCCUUCAUUAUAGUAGAGUCACAUGCAUAAUGUAGCAAGGGAGAAGAUAAAGCACAGCAUCUUAUAAGUUGAAAACCCACACUCGGAGUUAAUAUCAUGGAUCCACUGGGAUGCCCUCCAGUUGCCUCACUAAAACUGUUCACAGUGGACUCAGUAAUAGCCUACGUUUUGUUAAUUCGCACAUUUUUUUCUUGGCAGUCUCAGGCUAACGCUCAAUCCGUGCACAUAUAUCCUUUUUCUGGCAGGAGGCUCAGCGCAGUUUGAGAAGAAACUCUGACUGUUAACUAGGUGUGAAAUGCUACAGCGCAGGAUUACUAUACGUCUCCUGAAAAAUCGUAGGAAAGCAGGGAAUUAGAGAGAGAACAGGAAGCCGCUCUGAAUUGUCACAGCCUGUGGUGCUUUUCCUCAUCGCACAUCACCAGAUAGAUAGAGAUAGUUUUGCAGAAGUCAUUUGACUCCUUGCUCGGUGUCAACUCCAUCUGAGUCGCUGCAGAGAGAAGCUUAUCCAAAUUUUAAUUUCUUUUUAGGAAGUGGUCUAGUUUGAUUUUGGUCUGAAGUCAACAAGACAGCGCUAACAGAAAUAAAGUGUCUCCCAAGCCUCAUUUGAAGGAAUAAAUUAGCUCCUCUUACGUUCCGCACUCUGUGGUCCGGUCUUAAGUUACUCCAGCUUAUAUGAGUCUGGGGUACAAUCAUCAUUAUCAUCCUUUUCUUUCUGCUUGGAAACUACCAAAGGUUUUUAAAUUUAUGUGUCAAUUGAGAACAAUGAAUCAUGAGCAACACGAAGCAUCUCAAGUGCCUCUUUCAUUCUGUUAUGAUAAAUGUGAGACUAAUAACACCUCAUCUCAUUAUGAAUAUAUCACACCACUGUUGUGUAAACCCUGAGUGUCACGAAUAAAAAUGACAUGUAGUUCAGAAAUUUUAGAGUCACACCGCUGGCUGCUAACAAGCUGUUAAGUGUUUGCUAAUUGAGCUUGAGUGUGAUCGAUUUAAAACAAUUAAGUUAUGAUUUAAUGUAAUUCCCUGAGCCGGAGACGCUGAAUACAAAGUCACCAUCUUGAAUAAUGUCAGUCCCCCCCAGGUAAAAACAAUGUGUCUUAACUUAUAAAGACUGCAACGCCUCUACUUGAUGGAUGCUAUCUUUCUAUACUUGCUUUAGAUAUGUUAAAGGGAUAUUCCGGUGUAAAAUUAAGUCAGUGUCAAACACACCGCAACACAGAGUUAUACACCCUGUCAAGAGAUGAAUGUUGCUGACCGCUUGCUUCUCUAGUUAUACCAACUUUAGUAACGACCGCAGGGUAGCAAUAUACAGCGGUCUGAGGAGCCGUAAACAAACCUCGACCAAACCACUCUAUAGCCACAAAUGAUGCUCAGAACAACCUAAUUUUACGCCUGAAUAUCCCUUUAAAAGGUCCAAAAUACAGGAAUCUGUGACCUCAUAGACUUGCAAAUAUUUCAAAAUUAAUACUCAAAAGUUCCUCCUGUAAGUUAUAAUUUCUCAUUUCAGCAAAUUCAACCAAUCACUGCAACUUUUUGCAAUCAGCCAAUUGCCCCAAUGUUCCCAUGGGCUUUAUCAUCUUCAUCCCUGGACUCAGACAUAGCUGCCUCUCCCAUCUUGAAAAUAACUCUUUUCCAGUUUUGCACUGGUUACAUACAUGCAUUGCCAUCCUCCCACUCGUGGUGAGUUUUGCCAAAUAUUUCCUGUUGAGAUUCUCAAAUUGGCUCGCUGCGGCUUCUUGCUGAAAUUCCACUCAGGGGGCUGGCAGGAGAAAAAAAUUCAGCUUUGAACAGCAUUAUAUUUAUGGAAACUAUACAGUCUUGUUGUUUUGUUCUUGUGUUGAAAACUCUUAGUCAUCCCUUUACAGCUACUUUCUGAUACCUCUUUUAAGUCUACUGACCAAAGAUGAGUCAAUGCUAACCUCAAAGACUGGAGAGUUUGCACCAAAAACAAUAGUGUGCAUGUUGUGAAUUAAAUGCAGAUUCUCCUUUUGCACGUAUGGGAAUCAUUUUGAUGCAAAGCAGGGUGAGAAAUUAGCAUUUCACAGCGAUAAAGCUUUGUUUCCAUCAGUUUCAACACACGGCAUCCAGACACUGACAAACGGCUCACUCAGCAAACAUAUAUAGCUGCUCAUGUGUACUUAAGCAUUUUAUUCAUGGGUGUUAUCGCAGAUCAUCUUGAAUCCCAUGUAACUCAUAAGUAAACGGUGUAUUAGCCAUGCUUGAAUGUGCACCAGAGCCCGUCCUUUGCACCUUAAGACAUGAAAACACAUGUGCAUGUGCAUGACGCAAAGAUAGAGCUUGCAAGAAGAUGCAUUUUGGCUAAAACUUGCAUGCAAAACUCCUUUUGCUUAAUAUUUGCAACAUUUUCUGUAAAUGUAGCCCACAUAAUUUGCACUCAGCUGAUUUUUAACGUACAUGUUUGCUGCAAUUUUUCCUUUUUUUAUGUUCCAUGCGACCGCCUUCUGUUGGAAACACACCAUUUGAGCACUUACAUCUGUCAUGUUUUGAAACUCUUCACUUUCGAAGCCCUUAACAUCUCAUUGAAAUGUUUACAGUACUAAAAUACAUACUUUAUUUAUACGCCACACAGAUGUGCUGUAAAGGCACAUUUCAGUAGCGGUUUACCGACUCGAAGUGCGGUUUGAUUUCAGAGCACACAAGUGUUUACAGAUGUGUCCUACAUAUGUAAAGAGUGUCAAAGGGAAACAACAUGUGGAUGGGAAAGUACCUUUUAAACUGCCAUAGUGUUUUGAAUUUAAAUAUACUCUCGGAAGUCCUACCCGCAACUUUGCUACUCCUUUGUAAACAAGUGCAAAGGUUUCCCUCUUCAAUUUGAGCUUUUUCCCUCUCUUUUUCUCUGCGCUUUGGGUUCAGAGGGAUUCCUCUACAAACAUGAAACAGUCCCCGUUGGAUUAAUUACCAGAUGCUUUUCCUAAAAUUUCUGUCUUUUUCUUGUGUAAAAAAAAGAAGAUUCACAGUAGAUUGAACUUUGGUCUAUAUGUAGAUUGGCUGUCUGUCAGGUCUAAAACAGAACGGGGUGAGCAGAAGUUGAUGUUGAAUAAUUGAAGAGGGGUUGGUCUUGAAGACGAGGUCAAGAUAGGUAAAAAGGCCACAGCUGAUUUUUUUCCCCCUUCAACCGUCAUCUCUUUAAAGCUUGUGCCUCUGGAUUGAUGCUUUCUAGUCCAUAUGUGGGAAGCCUUGUAUUUUAUCCACCCUCUAGGAAAGCAUUUGAUUACUGCGCUCGAUUGAAGCAUUACAAGCUGCAGUUGCCACCCACAUUACUGGCAAUUUAAAACACAAGAGAUGGACCUUUAGGGGAUGAUAAGCUGAUUGGCACAUAACUCAUGUAUCCUAAGAACAUCCACAACUCCCACGCAGCAUUCAGCAUCCAUAAAUUGUAGAGAUAUUUUCAUGUAUUUCAUUCACUUUGCCCUUUUCUUCCUAACUUAUAUACAGUAAACCUCAUCUGACAGCAUGUGUUCUUGAAAUAGACUCUCAUUGUUUUAAUCAGAGAUGUGUAGCUGCUGUGUGCCAGGUCUAAAUGUUCACACAUCUGUUACUUUGGAAAGUCCCUGAUCUUAUCUGUCUAUGUCAGUGAAUUUGCAUGCUUUCUGAGUUUUUAAGAGGUACAACCCAGGUCUGUUUAAAAUGGAAAAUCUGAAAUCCACCAAGUAAACAACAUUGCAAGCAGCUGCACCAGCCGACUGACUGGUGACCACAAUCAGUCUCCGGUCGUUCAGAGAUGCCAGUCCUCACAAAUAAGACCCAUCCUGUGGGGAUCAAAUGAGCCACAUGUUUCAUGCUAUGAGCACAGCAACACAAACACUGACAGGACUGAUGCGCACGCUCACACAGCAGCUAACAAGUAAGCAGUGAGGAGAAGCGAUGCCUCACAGCAGAGGCAAAAAGAAAGAGAGAUGAGUCGAGAUCUAGAUCCGGCACACUAAUUGAGUUAGUUAUGGCAUUAAAAUACACAAAAAUAAAGAUACUACAGAGUUUUUUUUUUAAUAAAACCAAUUUUCCAACAAAGAAAAGUUGUUUCUGUCAAUCAUAGUUUGUCAAACUGGGAAAAACUGGCAUGGCUAAAAUUGGAACCAGCAGGUCAGAUCUUGAUAAAAAUCCAAAAUCCGCACACGAAAUCGCAAUCCCUGUAUUUCUGAUCCCUCUGAUCUCUCCUGUGUCUUUGAUUUCAACCUGUAUCUCAAAAUACGUCUACAAGAGAGCAAGCAAAGAAUAUGAUCAACAUGAACAGCAUAAAGCCAGAGAUAAAAAGGAGAAGCUGCAUUAAAGUGACUGGAAGAUCACAAAAAAAUCUCCAUCGGUUGCAGAUAAAAGUGCAGAAAACAUAAAAGGAUGUCUUAGGAUUUAUUUGAAUUCAUCUGAGUAUACAUUUCUAAAGUUAGAUAAUAAGUUACAGACACAACAAAUAUAAGUUCAUACUGAUAAAUUAUUCAUUGGAAGCUGCUCAGUAGCAGAGCUGUUUUGCAUACGCCCCUCAAACCUGAAGCUCCUUUUCAUUCACGGAAGGAAUCCUUGAUUAUUUCUGUGUUAGAAACGCAGCUCUUCAGAUCAAAUUACCAUCAUUUGUUCUCAAUGUGACGCAAAGCAGUCUCCCGUUGCAGAUAUGACUUUUAACCUCUCCUUUACCAUCUGAAUCAUCAGUUUUUUUGUCCAAAGUCAGCUUCAUUGUACAUGUUCUGAAAACCCCACGCUAUGCAUGACAUAUCCAUUACCAAAAUCAAUAAUUUAGAUGGCAGCCAUUGUUUUUGCGUGCUUUUUAAUCACACCAUCAUAAGCACUUACCCACCCCAGAAGGCGGCCUGGCGGUGGGAGGCUGGCGGUGAAAUUAAAAUAAUGAAUAAAAGAUAAGACAGGACGGAAAGUGCUGAACCGGGGACUGAGCGGCAGUUAAGAAUCCAGGGCAGAGGCCAUGAUUUUCAGCGCCUCUCACUGUGGCGUUUGUGCCUAAAAGACUGUGUAGAUAAUUUGACCCGGCGGCUCCUCAGUAGGGUCACGGCCGGGUCCUCUGGUCUCCUUCGGGGGGGUUCUGCUGCCUGACUUCCUGGAAGAUUAGAUUCUGAUCUGUGGUCAGCAGUGUGUGUGAUCUGCGGGAAUGUGACGGAUGACUUCUCCCCGGGUAAUAUGGCGAAUGAGCCGGCUCUAGAUGCUGAUCUUUUCGUCUUGCUUGGGCCGUAUGGUUGAGAUUUACAUGAUGAGAUUGGGCUGCAGCCCCCUUGGGGGCACUGGAAAAGGAAGUGACAUAUUUGACAGGUCAUGGGGUGGCUGCUUGCUCCAUUAUCAGCGUGGCUCCGUGGUACUUUGCAGACAUGUAGUUCAAUGCAUCCCCCUUUUCCAGAUGUGUUUUCUUGCACUCCUGAGCCAUUGUGGGGAUUAAUUUCAUGCCUCAGUAACUCGCUUUGGUUCUCGCUUCAUUUACGCCCACAAAUGAUGCGUUUUCCAAUCGAUUGCAUUUGUUUAAAAAAAGACACUUCACACUUAAGUCCUGUUAUUUUCAUUCUAUCAUUAUUUUGGCUAUUAAUAUGAUAAUUAUAAAGACAUUUGGAAAAUAACGAUUCAAAACAUGCUGCUGUAAAGAAAUGUUUACUUUGCGAACACAGCAUUCUGCUCCUCUUCACUCCUGUUAAUGUCAUAAUCAAAGCCGCUCAAUAUCAAAUGUAUAGGUUUGGCUUGAAACAGUACCAAUGAAGAUGUGAUAUCAGUCUUAUUAAGUGUAGGAAAAAAAGUCUGAUUGGAAAUAAACAUCUCAGACCCCGCUUAUAGAAAUUGAUGUGUAAAGUAUUUCCUAUAGCAGCACGGGUGCUGUGGAACACACUCUGAUUGACGUCUUCCUGGCUCUGCACACAAAACAAGUAUGACAUAUGAGUUAACAAAGUCAAUAUGAACCAAGAGUUAUUAUAUGAUUUGCAAUCCAUAUCAGAGUUAGUGAGCACAUGCUCACUAAUGUUGGCUUACUGCCUCCAUUAGUCCCUACAUCAAUAUAUGAAAUGCUUUUCAAAAGGUCAGAGCUACAGUAACAAAUAGACGGACUUACCCUUUAAAUUUGCAGAAUGUCUGGGUUUAAUUGACUAAAUAAAUAUUAUCACUCCUGAACAGAUAUUUGCCAUUUCUAUACAAGUACACCCAAAAUGAGUGUCUGUCAACUAUUGUGUCUAAGGCUAUGUUCACACUGCAGGUCAAUUCCAAUUUUUUAACCAUAUGUAACACAUACCUGAUUUUUUCGUGUCAGUGUGAACAGUGCAAUUCUGAUUUUUUCAAACCCAACUCAGGCCUCUUUUGUAUGUGGAUAUAAAUCGGAUAUGUAUCCGAUGUGACUGCAGUGUGGACACUCAGGUUGCAUUUAUCCGACCUAUACAUCAUCAAUAUUAUAUCAUCAAUGAUAACCCUAAUGUGAACGACCGCACAAAAAGAUCAGAUUUAACAAAAAAUAUGAAUUGUGCAUCAUAACCUGCAGUAUGAACGUAGCCUAUGAAACCACCAGUCCACAGAUAAGGCUGAAGCAUUAGCUUAUAGAUGCUACCAUAACGCUAAAAUCCUCAACUACCUGGAUGUAAACAAACACAUAAAAACAAUGCCAUCCUUCAGGGCACUGCAGUUUUUUGACUUUGAAAAUGCAGCUUUCAACAAUUCCUCUCCCUCUUUCUUUCUUUCCUUUCCCCGAAUUUCGACCCUAAUUCUCUCUUUCCCACUGCCAUCUACUUUAAAUAACCUUCAGCAUGGACCCUUCAGCACGGACACUAAAUUGACUUCUGCUUUGAAGAGAACCGAAUCAAUAAAUAAGACAACCGCAGGUACACAUGUUCAUCAGUAGCAAACACAGACUGUCACUGGAACAAAUUUCAAAACAUCAAUUUUUACUGUGGGAGUGAUGUUCUCUUCUUUUGAAUCAUUCAUUACUUUAAUAAAUUGAAAACUUACCAAACUCAGACCUUGUAUCAUUCAUACUGUUUGAAAAAGCUCCGAAACCACAUUCUGCGGUGCAUGCAAAACUUUCAUUCUGGUAGCGAUUCACAAUCCAUUACUCUCGCUCCAAGUUGUUCUUUUCCGUCUUUUGUGGUAUGAUAAAAAAUACCUCGCUACUAAAAUUUAUUCUCUGACUAAACUCGCUUCUUCAUGGAAGUAAAAGGUGAAAAAGUAAAAGCUCUGAAAUAUCCUCAUCGUACAGGAGUGAAGAGUGGUGCUCUGAAGAAAAUUUGUAUAGCUCAUAUCAUAUUAUAUAUAUCACAAAGCAACGGGUGACUAUAGACUUCAUCCAUGUCUUAUCCUAUAUAGUCUGUGGUUUCAGAAGAGAGGGGGAUCUCUUGUUACUUCAAUAUCUCUGAGCCAAAUUAAAACAGCCUUGACAGUGUGGGCGCCCAUGUCAUCAGUGGUCAUUUAUCACCAUCCCUCUUCAGCCUAUCGGAAGGCUUCGUCCGUGUCACAUAUCAGCCUGACAUUCAGGGCCGUGUCCCCCUCACUGUGGCCUCAUGCUGAACCUUAAUUAUUGAGAGUGUUCCAGUGGAAAAACAUUUUUGUCUGCCGCUGACACAGCAGUGACACAUCCUUUAUUCUUCAUCAGACUACUUCUGUUGCCCUAGCUGUACUUCCUGUGUUUUUGGUGGACACCAACCAAAAUCCACUUCCCGUCUUUUGGAAAUGUGAGGAGGUCACUGUAGGGGGCAUGAACAGAUGGGAGAAGAUGUACCAAAUGUGUGUUUACAGGCCUUUGGCUAGUAUUGGCUUUUACAGUCAGCUCUUUAGUUGUUUGUGUGAAGAGGCCAUAACAGGAAAGUGCUUGGGUCUGCAGGCGGUACAGUAAUUCUGCUUACAGUCUGAAGCUAUUAUCUGUUUACUUUACUCUUCAGUUCUUUGCUUAUUUGCUUUGGGAGGAUCUGUAAGUGGGCCUACAGGGGAAAUGGCAGGGAAAUGCUUGGUGGAAGGGCUUGUUCCUGAAUGACAAACUGUUUCUUUCGCCUGGCGCUGGAUGGUUGGAGUCAGUCAGCGAGAGAAGGUCGAGAGCAUUCCUGCUCAGCUGCACACGGAGACUCUACGGACAGACUGUGCUCUUUCUCAAGGUCUCCUGAGUGUCUUCUUCGCAGGGUUUUCAGUCCACUCUGUCAUUUUGUGCUCACGGUUUAUUUUCUUCUACAGCCUGAAUGCAGCAGAAAAGGACCUAUCUCAUUUCACCUUUUCUUUCUGGCCUUGUGGUUGCAAAACAACCGCGCAGCCACUUCAUGAUUAUGCUGUGCACAUUCCACUUAUGUAGAGCCGUUUUUAUUCUCUUCCACUGUCACAGAUAAGAAAUAUUCAAGGUUUUAUUCCCUGUAAAAGGAGACGGUAACGACGCAAAAUUCAAGGUGUACUACUCUGCCAACCCAAAUCAGGAAUAAUCACUUGUUUGCAGCUCUUAUUUGCCAGUCAGUAUCGAAUAACCUACUCAGAACCUCGCUAUGUAUUGGUGCAACGGAGCAUGAAUACGAUUUGCAUCCAUGACACCCUGAUUUCCUCUCCCAUUAUCCAUGCAUCGUUUAUAUAACUCAUGGUUUCAAAUUGAGCAUCCAGUUAUCAAUUUAUCAGAGGGUUUAAUCAUUUUUAUAAUGAUUGUUUGCUAUUAAAUAGAACAACCCUGCCAGAGCAAAUCGACUCACUUGAUUGAAAAUAAUAUAAAGUACUGCUCUACAUCUCAAUCUGCAAUAUUACCUCUUAUCUGCCUGUUGCUGCGGUAGAUAGAGGAAGUUAAAGCUAUUACGCUAUAUAAACACCACUGAUGGAUAAACAAUGAUAGAUAUUUUAGAGAGAAGUCCACCUCCUUCUUUUAUUUGACUGCCUAAAGAUGAAAACUUAAUAGAGGAAUAUUAAUCAGCGCUCAUACAACAAAGCCAUCACCAUAAAUGUUGUUGUGACGCUCUAAUACCACAACCCUUAAACAAGCACAGACGACAAGUGGCAUCUGGUUGUUUGGAUGUAUAUUGGUCUGGUUUAUGUAUGCUGUGUCCGAUUAAACUGGUAUACAAUAACUGGACCAGAGACAUGAGUAACCAGCACAGGCAUAUGGAGGUUGAUCUGGAAUAUGGUUGAGUUGUGUUGAGUUGUAUUUAGUCUCUUUGCUAAAGAAAUUAGGCAAAGUUAAAAGGAUGUUUGGUGGCUAGUACUAUGGCUGGGACCCUAUAUGUAUUGUUGAUGAAGUUAGGUGCUGUUCUGAGCAUUAUUUGUGUCUAUAGAGUGGUGUUUUGGUUGAGGUUUGUUUAUAGCUCCUCAGACUGCUGUGUAUUGCUAUCCUGCGGUCGUUACCAAAGUUGGUGUAAUAGAGAAGCAAGCGGUCCGCAACAUUCAUCUCUCGAGGGGGUGUCUAACUCGGUGUUAUGGUGUGUUUGACCCUAAAUUAAUUUUACGACGGAAUAUCCCUUUAAGUCAAAUUGGUUGGAGCAUCUCUUCCUCUUAUCUUGAUUUAUUGACCUUAACUUGAGUAUUAGUUGAUUUCUUUAGAGGACUAGCAUAAUUGCAGAAUAUAAAAAGUAGUGUAAACCAAUUUUACAAAAAAAUAUUACAUUUGUGAGCCACCUUCUCUAAUAAAUCUCAAUUAAAGAAAACCUGUGGUUGGAAAAUGCCAAUUGCUGACAUGUAACUAGCUCAUUACCAUUUUUCGAGGAGUAUCUAUUGCAUCUCAGGUGUAGGUAACAGACUCAGAACAACCCAAAUGGUGGGUUUUAUGGGACUGACUGCUGGCACCUUUCUUUGUAUCAAAACAGAAAGAGCAUUUCAGGUCCCAUUAGCAGGCCAUACCAUUUAUAUCAUCUAUUUCAAAUAUCAGAGAGCCUCAGAAGUGUGCUUCCAACUGCACAGGCUGCUCCUCUAGCCAGGUAUGAUGAUUGUCCCUUGGCUGUGGUUGUUAAGAAUUGAUGACUAAAGAGCUGUGGUGUGUAUUUGUCAUUCCAGUUGUCAGAGAACAUUUACAGAACUAUGAAACCUGACCACAGAAUAUGCAGCUAAGAAAAAAUAUCCCUACACCCUGGAAGUUAAGUUUAGUUUAGUCUGUUUAUGCAGCCCUGAGGUCAUUUUUCUUCUUGAUCAAUGCCCCGGAAAGCAAAUUUUUACUUUGACAGGAUAAGAAGAGAAGAAAUUGGAAAGCUUUGGCUGUGAUUGGUGCUUUCAUUUAAGCACAAAAUAGACAAUCUGUCCAUCAACACUGUAGCUAUCCCCCCCCAAAUAAUCAAUCAUUCUUUAUUGACAGCAGUAAACACAAAGAGAGGAUUGUUAAGCAGAGAUGAAAAGACAAAGAGACAACAAUAGAUUUUUUCAGAUUGGUUAUUUUUUCUGAGCGGAGACAGACAGCUCAGAGGGUGAAUUUAAACAACAGAGUUUAAACAAAUGUUCCCGCUUGUCUCACUGAUGUGUGCUUGAAUGACAGUGCAGACAGUACUGAGAGGUCUCUCUCUGAUGAGUUAUUAAGGCCGCGGCAAUUCCAUUUCCCCCUCACAGGGAGGGAGCCAUCAGCACAGCAUGCAGGCCAUUACCGCUGAUGUCUGUCUUUGAAGUUAAUUACACUCAUUCUGAAUCGGAGUUAUCUGACUGGUCAAUGUGUUUGAUCCCUCCAGUCAGAUGACACUUAUAAUUGGAAGUUUUGUUCCCCGGGACUCCCAAAGUCAGAGACGAAGACUAAAAUAUUAAUGGUCUGAAACACAAGGCGGCAAGAUUGUGAAAAUUAUGCUCUAACAAUAAACAAACUACGUCAGUAGGAAGCCAACUAGGCCAAAGCCCAGCUGGCUACCUGAUAAUAAUAACAUAUUUACCUGCCAGUCAGAUCAGAAGAGCCUCAAAUCAUUCCUGGUUAUGCAUUUAGAAAAUAAAUAAUAAAUUAAUCUCCAUAAUUGUUGUUUAUGAUGUGUAGAGAGCAAAAAUAUUUUAAUAAACAUGCUAAACUCUGCAGUAGAGAUUGGCACAUGAAUGUGGGCUCCAGUGAGGUUUCCUUGGCCGUUCAAGCCAGACUCACAUGAAUGCUCAAAAACCCUUUUUUGCGUUUGUGUACUGGUUUCAUUUUCAACACCAGAGGCUGCUACUUGGUUCAACCAAAUGGAAACCUCCAGUCUCGAGAUAUGAAGUCGAUGCAAAAGUGCUAAUUACGGCAGUUCCUCAAGUGAACCCUUGAGAUUUGCUGCAGAAGUAGGGCUGGGGGAUAUGGUCUCAAAUCAAUAUCACAAUAUAUUGAGCAGUUCACCUCAAUAACGAUAAACGGACAAUAACUACUCCACAAGCUGCUCACCCCCUACCACAUUUACUUUGUCAACUUUAGAUGCCGCUACAACUUUUGAACUGUCCUCCAUCUCCUCACCUGUUUUUCGCUCUUUGUUACGGACUGAAUGGGGUGGAGUCACGUCUCUGACGUAGGACAGCGUCUUAAAGAGACAUGAGACCAUAGCCUACCUACACACAUCCAAAACCAACUUUUAUUCAUUUAUUAAUUUUUUUGACUGAAUUGGUUAAUUUUUGGUUUAUCGUCCAGUCCUAUGCAGAGGCAUACAGCAGCUACAUCUUUGGUUACAACUGGUGGUGGAAAUGAAGCCACUACAGCCCCUGGUCAAUGUGUAGGGGUUUUAUGCUAUAGCCAACAUAUUCCAAAUAUCAGAAGAUCCAAAAUUCAAGUAUCAGCUGGCAGUAAACCCAAUGUUCAAUUAAUUCCAUUGUUUUAAGUGUUAAAGUAAUUAUAAAGCCUGAACAUUGGCAUUUACCAGGCUAAGAGUUCCAACUGAGCUGUUUCUUACAUGUAAAAAGUCACUGUUGAUUGUUUCUUAAAGUUUUAAUCUUUAAAACCUUCAGUCAAAAGGAUUUUCAGAAUUCCAGUUUUCAGAAACUGAAGAAAUUGUGAAGUGUUUGAUCAGGCUUUAACACUAGAACAAUGCUGAAAUUAAAAGUAAAAAGUCUACAGCCUUCAACUAACCUUCAAGCUUGAAAGCAAAAAACUUCAACCUGACUUCAAGCGUAUGUAUUUUUAAGUGACUCAUUUCUCUGACAUGCAGUGGUCAAAAAGCACUAAAUCACUUCAGAAGUUUCGAAUUCCUCUUUUACAUGGAGAAAUGUCAAAAUCCAUAUUUUGAACCAUCAUUUGAAGGUCUGUCGGCUUAAAAGGUAGCUGAUGCAACCUUGUGUCCUUUUGUCCGCUGCCCUCCAGCCAUAUUUCUGCUGCCGUUUAGCUAUUUCAUCACGUUUGAUGGACAGGGGCAACGAAUUUGCUUUAUGAAUAGAGCAGAUCUGUCAAGCUGCCAGUCCCCCCACUGCUACAGUUAGCAGACUGAUUGAUUUAGAUGCAGGAUCCCUCGAGAGUGACAUUGUCUCGUCAAUGACAAAGUCCCUUUUUCCUGUCUCUCUCUCUUCAUCUUCCUCUCUCUCUCUUUCUUUCUUCCCUCUAUCUUCGACCCUAAUUCCCUCUUUCCCACCGCCAUCUAUUUUAAAUAACCUUCAGCAUGGACACUAAAUUGACUUCGGCCUUAAAGAGAACAGAGUCAAUAAGCGCUAAUAGCAUGACAACCACAGGUACAUAUGUUCAUCAGUAGCAAACACAGACUGUUACCUGAACACAUUCCAAAACAUCAAUUUUUACUUCAAGAGUGAUGUCCUCCUCUGUAAAAAACAAACUUUUUACUCUUUUUCAAUAAACUGAAAACUUACCAAACUAAGACCUUGCACUAUUCAGACUGUUUGAAAAAGCUCUGUUACCACUUUCUGCAGUGCAUGUAAAACUUUCAUUUCAAUAGCGAUUCAUAAUCCAUUACUCUCGCUCCAAGUUCUAGUUUUCCUUCUUUUGUAAUACGAUAAAAAAUGUCUCGCUACUGAAGUUUAUUUUCUGGCUUAACUUGAAAAGAUUUCCAUAUCGGGAGUGUGCAAAAAGUAGAAGAACAGACACUUCUUCGUGGAAGUAAAAGGUGAAAAAGUAAAAGCUCUGAAAUGUCCUCAUAGUACAGGAGUGAACAGUGGUGCUCUGAAGAAAACUUUUGGAGCUCAUAACUCAGAAUUCCUGAAUAACGACAUAGGACACACUAAAAACAACAGAACUACUUUUUAGUUUGUAGUUUUUACUGCUGUAAGCUCUAUGUUUUGUUUCCAUACAUGUAAUUUUUUAAAGGUUUGGUUUCAUAAGUACCAUUUUUGUCAUGUCAUAAUGGUUGUGUGUGUUUACUCUGUUGUUUUAAGAAUUGUUAACACAUUGGUUGGACUGAAAUCGCACCAAGUCAAACUUCUUUAAGUCAGACUAGCAUAGCUUAAUAAUGUGGUUGAGAUUCAGCAUUUCUCCUCCAGGCUAAGUGUCAAAAAUGAAUUCAGGAAUCAGUCUUGUGGCUGAUAAUCUCAGUUUAACAUUUUACAGCGCCUUCAAGAGGCCUUUUGAAUAUUCAAAAAGUAUGAAUCUCUAAUGUUUUCAUUAAUUAGAAGAGUAAACACUCUAGUGAAGAGCAGAUUUGUGCAAGCUCUUUCUCGGCUACUGUCUCGCCUUCAUUCCUAACCACUUUCCCUGGUCUAAUCCGACGUUUUGCCACGGGGAACACUUUAUUAUUAAGAACCCUCCUUUUUCUUGAACAAAAGUAGCAGUUAGAACUUCUUCAGGGUUGGAAAUCGUUCCUUUCAGAGUGGCGCUCGAUUUCCCUCCACCUGGAUCCCGGUGAGUCUGUUGCUGGGACGUGAUGCUGAGGGCACAGCUGGGGGUAAAUGACACUGCUUGAGCGGGGAGGCAGGCGCUCUCCAGCCGCCCUCUUAUCAGCUCUGCUGCGAGCUCCGUGAAUACAGAAAAGUGCGGUGGGUGUAGGCGAUGGUGAUGGUGGUACUGGUGGUGGUAAGGGGGGCAGACAAUAUCGGGAGAUGUGAGGAGGAGGACUGAUGACUCACUCUUAUCUUAUGAUAUAUGCGAGCAGAAGCGGGCAGCAGGUGUAAUAUACGUCAAACUCGGGGCAGAUUCCUGCUAUUUUCAAAGUGUGAAGGUGUGAAGCAUUACCAGAGGCUUUGAGCAUAUUCCCCAACAUUCACUUCAUACUUUUAAAAAGUGUCCUAGACCUUCAGCUCUGUUUGCUGUCUGUCAUUAUGCCAUAUUGUGUUCUGCCAUCCUGUUGGCUCAGCUCCAAACACAAAGAAAGCCUCAAGGAUAAAACUCGUCGUUCCUGCUGCAGGAGCAUUAUCAUUAAAAGAUCCUCCAUUCUCUCACCCUUUAGACACUGGCCUUCCUGUUAUCUGUGCAUGGCUGUUGAUCCAUGUGACUCCACAGUGAGGAAUACAUUUUCUGAUAAUAUAAUCCCUCCUUGGGUCCAGACCGGGUAUCUUUUAUAUUCGUGUCCCACCCCAGGAGACUCUGACACGUGGCCUUGUAGUUCCUGGGCUGCACGCAUCCCCUGGUCCUUAUCGCUCCUUCCAUAUUGUGACUCUGAUACACUCGGAGGAUGGACUGGCAGCUCGGGGAGUGUGACGCCGAGCUGCCUGAUUAAAACGGGAAGUGUAACAGGAAGUCUGGGGGAUUGGUUUAACCUUCCGUGAAGAGAUUAUUGCUCAAUAAUUAGUCACAAUCAAAAGUGUGUCAUUUUCCAUGUGACUGUUUGAGCUGAGUUGUCAUUUACUGGAUUUCUUGUUACUCUUUUGUGGUUUUUCAGAUCAUCAAUAUUUAAAACGGAUAAGCAUCUUUCACCUUUGCUCUGCACUUUAUCUUCCUCCGUCUAGUUUAUCUUCCCUUUUUUCAGCCUGAGGUUAUAUCUCUGGGACUGCAGAAACAGUCAUUAGGGACAGUCAUUGCCAGAAAGCGUUGCCGUUUGACUGUUUUCAAGACAAAGCGUUAUAUUUUCUGACUGGGAAAAACUGAAGGGUGAGAUGACGAGGUCUUGCGGGGAAAGAUUCAUCUUGAAACUUAGAUGGAAGAUUUUCUUUUAAGUAAGGGUGCGUGGCCUUGUGCAGAGUCCCAGUUCAGACAUAAGCUUCAAAAACCUCAAAUAGACGAAACAACAACAACAAAAAAAUCAUGUCUGACCAUGACAAAGUAAUACUCCUUUGGCAAUCAUCAACACAAUGGGACUUUUCAGCUGUGCAGUCUUUAUAUAAUGAUGAUUAUAAGUCACUUGUUCACUGUUUCCUUCCAGCUACAUCAGGGGAUAAUUAUAUUACAUUAGUGCCAUCUUUUUUUACAUUGUUUCCAAGUCUUUUAGAGGGAAGACUUGGAAAGUACUGACUUUAACAGACUCUGGCAGCAUUUUCGGACAUAAAUUUAUGAGCAGAACGAGAUUUGUGAGCUGUUAAGAGCAAGGGUAUAUGCUAUGAGUUGCCUUUAACAGUGCGGUCUUAAUGGAUAUACACCUUUAUAAAGAUAAGGGUCGAUUAGUUUGGAGUUCACAGAUCAGGGCUGUGACUUUGACUUGUCUUUUGCUGUACUUCCCUUUAAAACUGAAGAAGAAGCAAAGUUCAGAGUUUUCUUGGCCUGUCUUUCCUUUCUUAGUCACAGUAUUGCGUCAAUGGGUGAUUGAAAUGUUUCGUUUUAGGGUAAAGGGUCAUUUCAAGUCAUUCUUGCGUUUUCAAAGUUGCUACAUCAGCUAAAAAAUUAAACUGAGUCAACAUUGAUUCCUGGUUAUUUCUUAAUUUCUUUUCCGUUUUCUCACACUAGGCUAAUGUCAGCGGAUGAGGUGGGCUGUCCUCCAUAUUUCAUCAUGGACUCCAACCCUUGGCCAUUCCUCCGCCUCAAAACCACCCAUUCGGCUGGCUCCUUCUCCACAACAUCCCCCUGUGUCUAAGCUACGACACCUGGGACUUACAGGCUGCUGACAACAUGACACAGAUGGACUACAAAUAUAGCCUGUUGGGCUCCACAGUGGAUGACUACCGGAAGAGGCCUCUGAUCCUGCAGGUGGAUGACACUCCGAUGAACCUGUUUGCGGUCCUGGAGGUGAAACGGGAGCUGCCAAGACGUUGGAAUACCCUAGGCUGCUUUCGUAAGAUCCGUCUCUACAGCUUCCUGUUUGGCUUGGCUGUAAUGUUCCUCAUCAUGGCUUCGUACAUCCUGACAGGAGACAAGAAAGGCCUCCUCCUCACGCCAUCCCCUUAUCACUUCAGCAGCCUGGUCAGCCCGGGACCUUUUGCCUUCAACCUCUCUUCGGUCAAAGACUAUGCACAUAUCAAACUGGUAGUGAAGUCUAUCACGUCCAAGGUGGAGUUUCGUAGCAGGCGGCAGCUCCCAGAGCUCAAGGCGCUGGUUAACAGUGAGCCACAUGUGAGUAUAUAAAAGCAAAAUUUAUUCCAUCUCCGUUUAACUAUCCAAAGAUAUCUUGAGGAUGCAAACUAUAUCAGACAUUUAAUUUGUCAUCAGGUUGACUAAUGUCAUGAAUCCCCGUAGCGUUUCAUAGUAUCAAUGUUAUCUAUCUAAUUAAAUCAUCAUACAAACACAGCCCAGCAUGAUAUUGAUCUCUCUUUUAAUUGCCAAUCACAGAUGUAGGUCCUGAAGCGUAAUUAAAGGCAAAGAGAAAAGGUGAUUCGAAUCAGCAUUCGUGCCUACAUGUCGUCUACAGGGGGUUUAAUGCAGCCACCCUGUUGUAAUUCCCCAAUGGUUGCAGUUUCUAAUUUAAUUUAUAAAGAGAUAAAACUGCUCAGCAAACCUUGUACAACACCUCAUGUCACAGCAGAUAAUUGCAUAUGUCUCUACCAAUUUUUUCCUCCUCAGAAGGGAUUUAAAGUUCAAAGUCAUCCCAGUCUUCCAACACAUCGGCUCCAGCAGCUUUCCCGAAGUGUCCGUCUCACCUCAAAGCCUGCUUCAAUUAAUUGCUAAUUCUAAUGAUAAUGGCUUCUGCCAGGGCUAUUUGCAACAUAACUAAUUUCUUAUUGAACCAGCUAAUGAAUGGGCCAGUGUAGGAGAGUGUGGCCGCAGGACAAUCAAUACCACAUCUGUGGACGUAUCCGGCAUUAAUUGUCCUCAAAGUAGCUGUGUCUCACAGGCACUGAGUGAGCCGUAGUUACAUGGGCUUGUGUUGUAUUUGAUCACACGAAAAAAAAAACCACAAAAACGCUUUGAAAUGCGAGGAGAGGGGGAGACCAGAAGUCGGAAACGUCUUGUCUCGCUCCAACAUCUGAGGAUGAGGUUGGUUUCCUUUCCCAGGGCAGAUUGGGUAACUUCAUGUAAACUGCUGUCAGAAAGUCAAAGAGCAGAUGUUCUCAUUGAAUUUUUUUUUCCACAGUGGUUCAGAUCCUUGAAUAUGAAAUGAAUCAAACUACAAGGUUUCAGUAUUAAGGGCUUACAAAGCCACAUUUUAGGUGGUUAUAAAAACAGACGAUCAUUUUUAAGGUUUUAUGCCUUGAUGAUAGUGACGUAUCAUCAGUGUAUUUUUGCUGAAACCAACAAACUGAGAAUUACCUCAAAGAACUGCGUCAAAUUCGGCUUAAAUAUCAGCAACAACUAAAAAGGGGAAGUGGGUAACACUUCACAAUAAACAUAACUUAUAAAUGGUAAAUAGACCAUUUAAAUGAUGAUUAAACAUUAAUAAACUAUCUAUUUACCAUUCAUAAAUUACGGUUAUUGUUAAGUGUUACCGUGAGUAGAAUUUGGUGAUGAAAGGUCAAAGGGAAGCUAAUAUGACCUCGCAAAAGGUCAGCUUUACUCUGAUAUCACAGUGUGGUUAAAAAAAACAAUUUCUCCAGCUGUUAUUUCAGUCUCAAACAAUACUACUGAGAUUACUUUCUACAUUUGCACCUUGUUUUUUUCUCCAGACAAUAACAUGUUCUUAGAGAAUCAGAGGAAGAUAUAGUCUGGAGUUACAUCCUGUAUUAAAAUGAUUGUGGUCUGACUUCUCUCUUUUAAUAAAAGCGGACUUCUGCUGCUGCUUUGUUUUAUGAUAAUAUUCCUGUCCUUGCCAGUCACGCUGUCAUUGUGUUUGAAACAAUGACAGAUAGAUCCUGACUGGUGGGCGGAGGCACACAGCUGCUAGGUGGUACUUCAUGUUUGUUUGAAACAGAAAAAAGUUCUUCACUGGCCAAGUCAGUGUCCUAGCUUCAAUGCGGCACAAAACACAAUAGAUCAGGGAGAAUGUGUGGAUGGUGGCUGGGCAUCAAGGGUGAAAACAAGAGUUCAUGCUGAUGUUGUCUGGACUCCAGCCCUCAGGUGGAUACUGAGUGCCAGUUUUGAUAUGAAGUAUUAAAAACAAUGGUUUAAUGAAGUUUAUGUGAAAUGCCUAACAAGGUUUCCUGCCACCCAAAACUGAAGGACCGUGCAUUGAAAAUUCCCUCGAGUUCAGAGCCAACUUAACAAAUAGUGUCAAAAUGUCUAAAUACUGUCUGGCUGCCUCUCUUUGUGUGUGUGUGUGUGUGCGCUCACUUGUGUCAAUGUGCCGGUGAAUUUAAAGCCAAUUUACAGUGAAUCUGCCUCUCCAGAGACUCUUUACUCCUGCACAAACUUGUCGUGAAACGUUCAGCUGGAACCCACACAGACGGUGGUUUCCUACACCUGCCAAAACAGUGGCCUGUACUAGAAAAGAGAAGAAAAAAAAGGUUUUGAAUUGUUUAAACAAACCGCUUCCUUUAUGGGAUCAGGGAAAUGGCUGGAAUGUGUUUAUGCUCCAAGGCUCAGCUUUGGGAGUCAUCAUUUUAAGAGUUUACAAGAGCUUGUCUGAAAUGGCUUUUUAUAUAUUUAGUAAAUAUGGUCACUCUGAAGUUUAAUGCGGCUUGCUUUCUUUUUCCUUCGCAGAUGUUUUCUGUUAUCCCCCGCAAAUUCCUUCCUGGCAUCAAGAACCCUUGCUGGUACGAGGAAUACACUGGGAAUAUCACUUUGGACCCUUACAGGACAAAUUUGUACGCACGCUACUCGAGGCGCUUCCGGACGGUGUUUCAGCACUUGAGGAACACUUUCCGGGAACACUUGCUCCACCGCGAUGGGAAACUCUACCGUAUGCGGUGCCUUCCUUUUUUCUAUAUCAUUGGACAACCAAAGUGUGGCACCACAGACCUGUAUGACAGACUGAGGCUGCACCCUGACGUCAAGUUCACCACUUUUAAGGAGCCGCACUGGUGGACCCGCAAAAGGUUUGGUGAGUAAAGAAAACAGAAGUGAGUCCCGUGGGUUGGUACACAAUAAUGAAAGCCCGGGAGCAUUAUUAGCAUGAGUAUUAGUAUAUCAUUUUGUCAGAGCAAUACCUCAGGGGGCUCCAGCUCAACAGCUGAUGCUUGAAGGGGUCUCGGCUCAAAGGCAAGCUCGUCUAAUUCAUGAGUGCAGUUUAAUUAUCUCCUGCAUUCAUAAUAAUGCCAUUGUUUUCUUUAGAUUUGUGGACUGUGUUGACUAAAAACCAUCAUUUCUAUUGAUUGCAGUGAUAAAACACGGGGACACACCAUUUUAAAAACUCCACACAGAGUCAAAUUGAUCGUUUUCCAAUAUCAAAUACACCAAAAACUGAAAACAAUUGUUUUGUUUUUUUUCAUUAAAACCUAUCUGGAUGUGCUUUGGGCCUUGAAUGUGACAUGAAUUAACCAACUCUGAUGCAUGCAGUUCAAUCUCCCAAUGCAAUUAACAAAGAAAUGAAUAUUCAAGACCCAUCGCGCGCUGUGCAUAAUAAACGUAAAUGGUUUAUUUUCUACCUGAGAAUUGUUAGCCUGAGAUUUACAACUCUAGUGGAGUAUUUAUGUUCCUGAUGACCUCUUUAAUGGUCUUUUAAUUUCCUCCUCUUCCUUUUUACACUAUUAUAAUCCUUUUAUUGUACAUUAUUCUUUUCUUGCUACACCGGUGGUUGAGCUCAUCCUGUGACAACGCUCAUUUAAGGCUCACCUAGGACUGUAUCGAGCCCUACAUCUCAACUGAAUGUAGUAGAUGCCUCUGUGGUAGAAACCACUUGAAAAGUACACGUUGAAAAUGCAGAGUCUGAAGCCUCCUCGCACGCUUUGAACCCACAUGUGUGGGUGCACCGUUUCCUGCACUUGUUUGGCAAAUGUUGCACUCGUUCCUCACGACACUUCUGCCCACUGUAAACUUUGUUUUCCUUAUCUCGUUUCAGUUUACAGCUCCCUCUUUGGGUUUUAUCCUCUCAUUUAUUGGAGAAACAGAGCAAUCACAGAUUUAUUUAAUUAGAAAGCAAAUCAUCUCAAUUUACGAGGAAGCUAUGGCAUAUUGAACAAAUUCUUUGAGGGAUAUUUCGGAGCGUUAUUACUCUCUACUUUUCUGGGAAUAUUUGCCAACUUUUUUUGGUGGAGAUUUAUCCAUUUGCAGAAGCAGUUUUCACUCAGACUACACCCAACCGACUCCCCACAGCCCUUGCUUCUCACUGUUGGUUGUCUUAGAGUUUGAACAGGUGGUGAUAUGUCAGUUCCCCAAACAAAGAGAUAAACCCUCAAACUGUGCGACGAGAGUUAAGAGCCGCCUCCGAGCAGACAUCUGGUUGUAUGGCGGCUCUGCUUUCUAAAUGUGUCGACGCCAUCGUGUGCUUCUCCUUCGCCAUGUGCACGUGUGAUGAACCACCCACAGCAGAUGGGAUUAAAAGCCAAUGGAUGAUCUUGGAGUAAGACUGAGAGCUUCUGUGUUUAACAAAAUCAAGCCGUAUUUAUCCUACAGAUGCUCCCCUGCAUUGUUAUAGUCUGGUUCGGUGGCUUCUCAUGCCCUGGCGAUUCUGAAUUUGUUUUUCCCAUCUAAGAAAAUUAAUAGAUAAUCAAUAUUCUUGGUAGCAGGAGGUUUUAAAGUAGCUCAGAAUCGAAAUUCAUCUUCUAGUUAGCUCUCAAAUGAAAGGAAAUCAUCACUGGCGAUACCAACACGCCUUUUGUUUUUUCGUCUAUAACCGGCUCUGCUAUUAAAGACUCAUGAAUUAUGGAGAAUCUUCGGCAGCUCGAGAAGCAGGGAUCUGGGCUGUGAGUCAGUGUGUGUGUGUGUGUGUGUUACUAAUGUCUGUCUGCCGUUGUGAGAACAGCGUAGAGAGGAUAAAAAUGCGAAGAGCAGAAGUUAAACUGAGGGGUGCUGAUGUGUUCAAAGUCAGCUGUGAUUAUGAAAUUGAAAGCAGAUUAGAUAAUGACUUUAUGUGAACAUACAGAGUGUAGAUAAUCUCAUAAUAAUUCUCAUUUAAGAACAGCAGCUGCACUAUCUCAUCAGCACAGCACGAGGCCUCAAUCCUUUAAUGGCGAUAUCUCACUGGCUGUGCAAGGGUGCGAUUCUGCGGCUCUGCAAAGACUGAUACACUUUGUUUUGCCUGCAGCCGCCCGUUUAUAAAUUACUUAAUAAUAAUAUCAGUCAUUUCACCAGUGGGGUUUUUGAUGUAAUACUUCUUGAGGGAGCUUGAUAAAGCAUUGGUCACAUAUUUUAAAAGAAUUUUAUCCAAAUUCUCACCAUAAAAAUUAAAGCGGGCUCAGCAGCGGCAGCCAAACGGAUCCUUUUGAAGUUCAUCCAGUUGCUGACAAUGCCCCAAAUCCCUCUGAGACUCGCAAAACCCAACUAAUGGAUUGAUCUGUCAGCAUGCAAUACUUAUUUUAUUGUGCUGUGUUCGGUUUGAGUUGAUAAUUAUUUGCACCUCAUAAAGCUGCAGGAUGUGGAUGAGUUGUUUGCCUUGUGUUUUGUGCAGACUGUGAUGUUGCAUAGCAGCUAAACGCCGCUAUAUCCCAAGGACAUGAGUCCCUCUCAGUUAUUGUCCUCUCUCUCUUUCUCUCUCUCCAUCCUUUCAUCUUUUCUCCCUCUAUCUCUCCAUCCCCUCCAGUGUUUUGCUUGCAGCUAUGCGCUUGUAAUCAGCACUUUUCUCUUAAGACAUCCUCCGAGAACACUCUGAAUUCAAAUGCUCUUGUUUUGUAUUUAUUUAUUUCAUUCCCCCCUCAAGGCUCCACUCAUGCAGUGCGCUGAAAAGGUGAUUUGAUGCGAUCCGCGCCACAUAACUUUCCGAGAGGAGCAGUUUGAAUGUUAAUCAGGUGUUUUCUGCCCUAUACGGCACCCAUCAAGGAACUGUUUGGAAGUUGGGUGAUGCUUUGUUCAUUUCAAAAAGAAAAAGAAAGAAAAGGAUGGAAAAAAGCCCUCAAGCAAGACACACUCGCCAUAUCACACUGAGUACAAAUAAAAUAAAUACAACCGCUCUGGAUAAAUAAUGCCGCAGAGUGCACGUUUAGAGAGUUUACAAGAGCUUUCUAAUCAUGUUUUUCUGCUAACCCGGGGAAGGUGUGUUACUGCAACACAAAGAAUCACAGAGAGUAAGAGACGCCCAGGCUACCUCAUUAUCCGUAUGCUGCGUGGAUGCUCCUAAGUCUUACACUCAAUCUCCACAAUAGCUGAGUAAAUUGUAAUUACGCCCCUGACCACAGGAGCUCAGAUGGGAAACACAUUUGCUUGUCCUGCAUCUCAAAGCAUUAACUCGACUUUGGCUCUUAAUUGGAAACACAGGAAACAGAGCUGGGACAGUACUCCCCGCUGGAUUUAGAUUGGACAUGAGGUUUGGUUUUUUAUUAGGUCUCUUUGCAGUGAGGACAACAGAGACGACCUAAUGACCUCUUUCGGUGUGAUCUCAGAAACAUAUGGAGAGGAAAAGAGCAGGAAUUAAAACAUUCUCGAUGGAUACACACCCAUCUCACUGCUACAGCUCUCCACCCAAACCCAGUCUAGUCUUAAUAUUUGAAGCUUGGCAGAUAAACAAGUUUUUCACUUUCUACUUUGGAAACGUGCUCACUCUUGACUCAUCAAACACAGCUGCUGGAGAAAAGUCUGUGGUCCUAGGCUUUGAAAUCUGACUGCCAGGAUAGGAUACCACACUACUGUACUCCAGCAACAGUCUUAGACAUGAGUUACCGCUCUGGUAUGCUACUUUCAAGGUUAACAUUGUGAAAGACCAAGUAUGGUUGGAUUUUCUAAUGUAUCAAGCCUCUAUUUGAUAUGAAUGUUUGAAAAAGAAAGGACAUAUGGGGACAAAGAGGGGGAUGCUAUACACCAAAUACCGCCAGGACAAGGACUCUGGUCUAUAAAUAGCCCGAGGAGGACUAUGGCCUCCGCUCUACAAGCUGAGCUGAACCAGCUCUCUGGAUUUUCAAAUUACAGCAACCCACAUAUGAUAACAAAUACGUCACACUUCACCAAACAAAUCCUGCUGAAAAAUGUCACACGACAUUAUAAGCAUCUAGGAUUUACUUGGACUUACAGCGCAGAACAGCCACAGCUUGUUUUUGUUAAAGCAGCAGAUCUACUUUGCUUGUUUAAGUGAAAAGAUUACAGUAUUAAUUUCUGGCAAAGACAAACUCAGUCAAAUUUUAUUUCAAAUACAUCACUCGUGAGAUGUUUGCUAUGACCAUGUGAAGAAAGGCUGUUUCUUUGGCUUGCUAUCAUUAUGUGGUUGGACAUAGACCUCCUUUAAAAGGACUUGCAGGCAUCAUAAAUUAAAGUUUAGACCAUGUUGAUCUUCUUGUUAAUAGUCUAGUUUGUUUUUUUGUGGGUCAUAUAAAGGUAUUGGUAUUGAUUUGUAAUAAGGGUGGGAAUCACUAGUGGCUCUACGAUACGAUAUUAUCACUAUACUAUAUUAUUGCAAUUUUUAACAUUUUGCAAUACAGUGAGUAUUGCGAUACAAUAUAUUGCGAUUUAUACAAUUUUUUCAACUGUUUAGCUAAUUUAGCAUUUGGCUUUCGUUUAUGUUUGUCUUAUUUGCACUGUAUUUUAUUUUCAUGUACACAUCUUGCAAACCUUACGAACUUGUACGAACUUUCUCCUGCACCUCUGUCAACCUCAAUGGACAAACAGUUGAUUAUAUUUUUCCAUUAUCAUAGAUUUGACUUCAUAUAAGCAAUUAAUUUAAAAAAAUCCAUACUUGGUAAAUGAGAUGAUACAAUAUAUCACCAAACAAAAUAUUGUGAUACUAUGCUGUAUUGAUUUUUUCUCCCACCUCUAAUUUGUAACUAGCAAGAAACUCAUCAUAGGAGCUUUAAAUUUGCCCUCUUCUAUGUGUGAUAUCAAGACUUUUAACAUGUCUAAUGCAACUUUUAUUGGACCCAAUCAUCCCUGUCCAGCACCUCAGAAGGACUUGGGCUCUUUGCACUAUCACAUGUGGUUUUUUUACAGUCAGGACAAGAAAAUUUCCCAAAACACACACAAUAAUAUGACACAUCGGGCUACUGAUCAAGUAGACGUAGAUGCUACUUUUAAAGAAACACAAGGCUGAUGGCUUUAAACCAGUAAAUUAAACAAGCAUUAAACAUGUAAUUGUUCCCAACUGAUUGUUCUUGUCUCCUAUGUCCACCAGGCAUCAUCCGUCUGAGCGAGGGCUUUCAUGAUCGAUACCCAGUGGAGGACUAUCUGGACUUGUUUGAUCAGGCUGCGUACCAAAUCCAAGGCAACCUCACAGCAAACUCCAGUGGAAGUCUCAGCCAGCCUAACAUCAUCAUAGGUAAGGGAGAUUACACAUACGCCACAUUACUUUCACAUGUAAUACUUUAGUUGUAGUUUAUUUGUAUUUUCUAUCAAAGAUAAUGAACCACAAUUACAGCAAUUGUAUGGCCCUAGUGUUGUGGUAUUUUUAUAGAUGGGUAUCCCCCCUCUAUUUCUGUUUCAUUUAUUUGUUGGGUUUACAGGGUUGCUCCAUAGACUGUAAAAAUACAUGGACUCAGCCACAGUGACGUCACCCAUUGGUUUCUUAGGUUUCUUAGGCGCCAUGCUGGAAGUGCUGAAUCACUAUAACCCUGAGCCAACCUAGAUAUAGGCAAAGUGGUGGAGUGAAGGAAGGCUUUUAGCUUCUUGGCAAACAGUUACAUUGCACCCACAUGUCUGUUGACCCAGCCGUGCUCCUAAUUAUGCUAGUUUAUGUAAAACUCGUGCAGUGGUUUGCUUUGUUUCCAAGUUGGUAAGGUUUUUUAAAAAAUGCCCAUGAGAUGCAUUUGUGUGUUCUGGAUUGUUAAAGAGGAGUGAUUCUUUUUGUUGUGUCACAUUUUUCUCUGAAAGUGUUGAAGGGUUGCUUCUUUUUACAAAAUUUAAGCAACUUUGCAAUUUGGAGCUGACUAUUUUGCUCUGAAGUUCAACAACUCUAAUAGCGUUAGAUGUAGGGGUGUCCAGAUGCGAUAUUCAUACAGGAUAUCAGUCCAAUAUCAGCGAAAAAAGGAACAUCGGAUUAUAUCUGCUUGCACUCAAAAUCUUCGAUAUCAGCACUCCGAUACAAGCAGUCCAUUCUAGACUCCGUUCCAGCACCUCUAUCUAGCAGCACUCGGAUCCAGCAAGGAGUAGGAGUGAUGUCAGCUGUGUGGCAGUAUUUUUCGUUAAACUCUGAAAAAGACGUUGCAGCUGAGUGCAAAAAUUGUCAUGCACAAGUUUGUGCUACUAUCGGAUCAAUAUCGGUAUCAGCCAAUACUGAAGGGUACAAUAUCAGUAUUGUAUCAGAGGUUAAAAAGUUGUAUCAGGACACUCCUAGCUAGAUGUGUUUUGUCUGGAAAAUUAAGCCAAGAAUGUUUAAAUGGUUAUAUAAAACAUUCCUUAAAAUCAUUACAAGAGUUAUUGUGGACAUGCCUCUCUGUUUCAGAAACACAUUUAAUAAUCUAAAAGAUAAAUAGAGUAUAAUAUUGAAUAAGACUUUUUAUGGGCUUGUGUCAAAUAAUUAAAGACUCGUAUCAGGAUCAUGGCUGUUCAAAGAAGUUGAACAUUUCAACUCAAAUAUUUGUUUUAGAAAUGAGACAGAGAGAGUUUUCACCACCUUGGUGUAUUUCUUGUAGAAACCGACCCCUGCCUGACACUCCAGCCUAACCCUGAGUCCACUUUUGAUUUCAUUUCUAAAAUUAGCUCCAGUCUCAGAAUAAACUGGUUCCAUUGCACUAUAUGUCAGACUCAGCUUAGAGAAGCCAAAGAGAGCAACACAUCUCAGAAAAGAUUGGCACGCUAUGACAGGGAGAUGUCUAUCCCAAUAAAAAACCUUAUGAUCUAUCACAUAAUGACUUCCUCAAGAAUAACAUGUCAAGGAGACGAGAGGAAGACAAAUGAUCACUGCCAUGUAAGCUUAUCAGAUCUCCAUGCAUGUCUAGUAGCACCAGCAGAUCCUGUUUAAUCAGUGGCGCACCAUGUCAGAGGGCAGAUUCACCCCUCCCCUCUCUGCUGUAUCAUGUUAGUUACCAAGGUCAUGUAUCAGCACUUUAACCCGUGUGUGGGACAUGCGGUGACAGUCCUCCGUGCCCUCUUCAGGGUUCGGCCAAUGGCGUUUGGCUUCGGGGGACCCGACAUUUGCCUGAAACGUCACUUGUAAUUUCAUCGGCGAUAUUACAAAGCUGCAAUCAGAGCAGCAGUUAGGGAGGCUGGAACACAGAGCAGACUGUGACUCAGCCCUAAAGAGGGGUUUGAACAGCUUAAUAACACUGGACUUCCUUCUGCCUCACUACGCCACUUUGCUCAAGUGCUGCAGAGUGGAAUGUGUUUUUUCAGGACUGCAAUGAUAUCUGCAGUGGGGUGAAAGAGUCUCCAACCUCCAUCUGUGUGUCGGCAAUAUAACUCGUAAUGCCAACGCCAUGAUGACGUCGUAAAAAAGAGAUUUAUUUCCUGUGGGUCUCGGGAUCCUUUUAUGGUCACAGAACUUAGAGUGUUAUCUACAUAGGAAAAUCAGAUGUUUGUUGUUUGUUUUAUGAGUGGGUGUGGCAAAUUGGCUCAGUCGUGCCCCUGUAAGAAGGAACGGAAACGCACCCACAUCGCACAUCAAUUAAAUUUGUAAAAUUUGGUGGGCAUUUGCCUCUUGGUCUACUGUAGUGCUACAAACCUACACAGUAGGUUGGAUAAGACUUUCAGACACAUACCUGACUUUCACAGUCACAGAACUUAACAAGCAUUGGUAUGAAUUUUGUGAGUAAGCCUGGCGGAGUGGAAGUUGUCGAAGUGCCGUCAUCCUGGUGACAUAAAAUUUUGUUGACAAAGAAUGGCAUAGUGGGAAGAACAGUUCUUUUGACUGUACUGAAUCUUUAGACUCCCUUCAUUAAACCGAUUGGUUCAAAAGAUUCGUUCACUGAAUCAGUCAGUGCUUCAGAGCCCCAUCCUUCCUCUGCAGUACACCAGUGAGUGACACAACCGCGAGUUUGUUCAUUAAACGAGCCCCUCCCCUCCCCUGCUGCUGAAGUCAUAGCAUCGUUCACUGAGUGGCACAUGUCAUUGAUUCAAGUCCUGAAAAACUCACCUCUCUGUGUGUAGCCGUUGGCGGAAACAAUACAGCAGCAAGCAGCACGCCUGCUAAACAAGUGUGAGUCGUCAUUCUUUUAUAACACGGAAAAGUGGAGAGAUUAAAAAUAAACAUCGCCACCGUGGUGGGGAUUCUGCUACUUUUAAAGAUAUCAAGUAGAGUAUUGCUUUAAAUCGGCUGCAAUUAAAUCCUUCUUGCAGGAAAGUCUAUAAUGUUGAUUCAUGUAAAGGCCUCGGUAAACAAACUGGUGCUCGGCAGAAAGUGAACAACGUAACACCCCUACCUCCACUGCCUGCAUCAAGUCAUUCGGAAGUUGUUCGUUUCGUUCACCAUGUCGUUCACUGACUGACUGAUACAUUUCGUUUGCUGACUGAUACAUGUCGUUUACUGACGUUUUGUUCACUGACUGAUACAUGUCGUUCAUAGACAUUUCGUUCACAGACUGACUGAUACAUGUCGUUCAUAGACGUUUCGUUCACAGACUGACUGAUACAUGUCGUUCAUAGACGUUUCGUUCACAGACUGACUGAUACACGUCGUUCAUAGACGUUUCGUUCACAUACUGACUGAUACAUGUCGUUCAUUCGCUGUGAGAAAAAUUAAGAGACUCCGCCUGCCCGCUCGCUCGCUGACUGGCUGUGUGUUGCUUGCCAAAGAGUCAAAGGUGGCAGUUCCACUCCCGACCGGCUUGUCAGGCUCACUGCUGAGCUCAACUGAACUGAGAAAGGAACGAAGGAUUGAUUCCAUUCAUGAUGUUCACUCAGCAGUUCUGUUCUUUUGAACGGAAACGUUCAUGAACCGACACAUCACUAGUAUGCCAUACCCAAACCUACAAAAAUAGAGGGGUAUGUUUUGAUUUCACCGUCAUCAAAUGAGACUUUCUCAGGCGAUUCCAGGGGUCACACACCUGACUUCAUCUUCCUCUCCUCAAACACAAAAUCUCAAAAGAACUGCUCAGUUUUUCAGUAUUUCAACCGCAGCCUUUUCACGCCGGUUUUGAGUUGCUGAAUUGAGCGCAGCUUAGCGUGCAGCCCUGUUUUGUUUCCCCCUUUAAAUAAAUAAUCCUUGUAGGAGAGAGGGGUGUGUGCCAAAACUCCACUCAGUAUUCACACCGUGCCCUGAGAGAGCGCAGCAAGGUGCAGGCCUGUGGCCAGGAUCUUGGGCUUCAACCACCAGCCAACACCAGAGGCACGCUGGUCUGGCUCCGGCGCUUGUUUGCCCUAUUACCGCCUCUCCCUGCGGAACAAAAUAAGCUCUUUUAAUGGACAUGGAGACCUUUAAAUAGACUUGAUCACAGUGUGUAUCAUUUGAGGCGUAGCAGCAUUAGCAGCGAUCCUGUUUCACUCUCAGCACUGUCAGCUCAGAAAAUAGGCCCUGGCUAUCAUCCCUUUCUCUGAGGAAGCGAGGGAGAUAAGGGCCAUGUUGUGUUCGCUCCACAAAUACAUUGCAGCUUCUCUUGACAGAUAAGAGGAUAAUGAAGGCACAGACAGACUAAUGAAUCCUGGAUAUCAUUUCUCAGCGAAGCCUGAUAAAGUUUCUGCUCUCAAAUUGUUUGAGAAACGGCGUCCUCUGACUGCUUAUGAGCACCACAACUGCUCGCUCUUUGUGUGGAGAGCAGUUAUUCCACAAUUUUACUCGCAGCUGGAGAUGUAAUUACUCUUGUUUAUUUUCCAGUAUGCACUUGCUUUAGCGUCUUUCAUUUCAUGGACUUGUUGCAUGUGUUGGGAGCUUGCUGUGUCGGGAACCUCCAGCUAGGAUUUUGUGGCAGUUUUAGUUGGAGGAGGCAAUCAAAACAGAACUCAUUGUGUUGUAUUUAUAGAUUUUCUGUUUUUCUGAGGCAACUAUUCGGUUCAUUUGUCUGUCGAAUGUAACAAUAAAAUGAAAAAACACAAAAAUCCUGAAGCUGAUAUUAGAUAUUGAAAUACACAGUUGUUCUAUGAUGGUAUUUGAGGCGUUUUCCGCUGUUCAUUUGUGCUUUUAGGACAUGUCUCUACAUUUUUUUAAAUCUAUUGCUCAAAAAUAGUUAUACAAUAUGGAAUUUUUUUUUUUCAAACAAUCUGCUCCUGAAGCCCGAUAUCAAUAACAUCACUCUCUGUUUUUGCAUAGGCACACCUGAGAGAUUCAGUGAAGUCAGACGCACCUUUACUGGGGCUCUGUAGUGAUCAGUUCAACUGAAAUCAUGUUAGUUGACACUUGACACAGUUUUAAUUAUGUUAUUGUCUUAUUCACACUAUAAACCAGACAACUCCUCCACUCUGGACUGUGAAACUAAGGGCACUUUGUGAACUAACGUCAGAUGCCUAUUUAUGUGAGCUAAAACAUAUGUGUGCGUAAAUCACAUCAUACUAGGUAGUAGGGCUGGGUGAUAAACCGAAAAUUUACCGAUAACGAAAUUUUUUAAUGUUUGGAAAAUGUUGGCUAUAACAUAAAAACCCUACACAUUGACCAGGGGUUGCAGUGGCUUUAUUUCCACCACCAGUUGUAACCAAAGAUGUAGAUGCCAUGCUUCUGCCAUAAACCAAAAAUUAACCAAUACUGAAAUUUACGACUAUAACCGACAUCAUUUUGCCCAUGUCAAUAUAUUCGGUGUCAAAAAAGUAAAUAAAUAAAAGUUGGUUUUGUAUGUGUGGAGGUAGGCUAUGGUCUCAUGUCCCUUUAAGACGCUGUCCUACAUUGGAGAUGUGGCUUGUGACCAAAGAGAGAAAGACAGGUGAGGAGAUGGAGGACGGUUCAAAAAUUGUAGCGGCUGAAGUAGACAAAGUUAAUGUGGGAGGGGGUGAGCAGCUUGUGGAGAAGUAAUCGUCCAUUUAUCGUCAUGAACUGCUCAAUAUAUAGUGAUAUUGAUUUGAGGCCAUAUUGCGCAGCCCUACCGGGUAGUCAGGGAUAUAUUUACUGCCUUGCAACAAGAUGGGUCAUGACGUUAGUGAUCCUGUUACUUUUAGUUGUAAAUUUUCUGCUUUAGCCUUUUUUCUUUUUUAAACACUACUGCUAGCUGCGGCUGCUACUUUAAUGUGAUGUUGAAACGCAACACCAAAGAGUUUAAAACACUUUGAACAUCCACUCAAAGAAGUUUUGAUUUGUCUGAGUGUGAUUGCAUCAUUAUACAGGCUUAACAGUCUCUGUGUGGGUAUGUUUUUUUAACUACUGUGGGCUGUGUGUUUUUGCAGGAGAAGCCAGCGCAUCCACCAUGUGGGAUAACAACGCCUGGGUGUAUUUCUAUGAUAACACCACAGAGGGGGAGCCUCCGUUCCUUAUUCAGGACUUUGUCCAUGCCCUGCAGCCUGAUGCCCGCUUCAUUGUCAUGCUCAGGGACCCCGUGGAGAGGUGGGAGUUGUCUUUGUUGCACAAUAUUACCCCAGUAAAAUGUCAGUAACUACACGGUUUAGUUCGGAAAUAGACAAAGCUGCCUUUGUGCCUUUAUCACGGCUGUUUACUCUGCAGAUACAGACAGACACUUUGACUGUGCACUGCAAACAAACGACUUGUUGUCACAGAAGAUGUGUUACCUUUUACUUUCCGUCACAUAAAUUGAAAUAUGACAUCUUUAUCAGAGGCACAAAGACCUUGAAGCAGAUUGAUAGAGACUUUCCGUUUUUGAGUGAAUAUCCUUUAUGCUGUUUAAGUUGAUUUUAACUCGUCUGAACGCGCGCUCUGUAAUUGCUUUUGCCCUUUUAUUCGAAUAAAUUGAUACAGCGUCAUCAUCCAUUUUCGCACUCCUAUUAAACUCUUCUUCUUUAUAGCGAUUUCAAACACAGAGGCAAUCCAAAGUGCUUUAGAAAAGGCAAAGAAAGGCAUUGAAAUGACAUUAACCAAACAAUGAGCAUUCAAAAGCUUGUCAUAAUCUGGAUUUAAAGUCCACUUUUCGAAUAUUGUUCAUUCACUUCUGGAGAAACUGAUCCCACAGUGGUGUUCACAGUCCUCCUCUCUCUAGAUUUGUCUUUUAAAUCUCAUUCUCCACUCAUCCAUAUUGUAGCAGCAGCUAUUCAGUCACCCAUCCAAGGUCAAUGAGUUCUCUCUCUCUCUUCUAUUACUUUUGUUUCCCCAAUGAUCCGCUCAGCUUAAUCCACACUUCUUGUCCUCUUCCACAUUGACUGUAUUCUGUUAUUUUAAGAAGGAUUGCUUUAGUGUUUUCUGCUACAAGGUUUAGUUCACAUGCUGGCUUUGUUUUACUGUCCUUUGCUGAAAAGAAAGCACAUUUUUUGCCAGUAAAGGACGGUAGCUUUGCUCUUUUAGGGAUUUUUCUUUGAUUUCUGGUUAAGAUCACAUAUCUUCUUAAUGAGUCUUUUACUGUUUGGAAACUGGCCACUUUCUUAGCUGCUGUAAACAACAUGAAGUGACUUCCUGGCCUCCUCUAUCAUGCCUCCAAACUGAUUAAUUUUUCAAAUUUGGAUAAAUGUUGCUGGUCAUUUAAAGUCCAGUCCAUGCCAAAGAUUCAACCAAACCUGACAGAUGAUGAAAAUUUAUUUAUUUGUCAUAUGAAAAAUCCAACACUAUGACUCUCCACAAGUUGUCCUUCAGGUCGUUAUCUUUGUAUUGUUUGUGUCUUUUAUCAAAAAGCACUCUGUUCUCCGUCACGUAAACAAACAAUCAGCCGGUCGGCCAUGUUGGAUAUACCGGUGAAUCAGACGUCGCAACAACAUGAAAUCUGAUUGGUCAGAAGUGGACACACAGUAUGCGAAAAUUUAGAAAAUUCGACCAUGAUACGAAAAAAUAAAUGUCGCAAUAUCGCAUGACGGGAAACGUCGCUGAUAUGAACGCUUAUAUUGACAGGACACGGGUUCGAAAAAAAUAUUGACGUCCGAAAUAAUCGCACAAAAAAAAAAAGGUCCCAGUGUGUAAGGACCUUAAGUCAAAAACAUGGAUUGGAAUGUAAAAAUCUUUUCCGUACUUUUAUCAUUAUCGCCAAAAUGGCAAAAAUUAUCGGGAUACAUUUUUUUGCCUAUAUCGCCCAUCCCUAUUUUGACCAGUCCUGACUCUCAAAAGGGGAAAUGUCUGAAUCUGCUUCGGUCAGUCUUAACUUCAGAGUCAACAAACACAGCAUAUGAAGCUAAAUCUUUCCCUUGUCUUUCAGGCUCUACUCCGACUACCUUUACUUCGGUAUUGCCAAUAAAUCUGCGGAGGAUUUCCACGAGAAGGUGUCAGAGUCGCUGCAGUUAUUCGAGGGGUGCCUUACGGAGUACACAAUGCGCUCCUGUGUGUACAACACUACUGUCAACAAUGCCAUGCCAGUGAGUUCACCCUCCCUCCUGCUUCUGUCUUACAGCCCUGCAGAAAAACCACACGACAGCCACCAGCUCCGUCUUACAGGAGGGGGAAAAGAAAUAAAAAAGACAGAUGGAGUGAAACCCACACUUCAUUAACACACUGAAGCUUUCAUGACAGACUUUAUGAAAAAGGAUUGGCAGCACUAUUGAACGGCUGAGCAGGGCAGCGUCUCGGGCCUCUUUUUGUAGAAGAAAUCAAAGUUUAGCUGUGGUGUGAACUUCCUUAUUCGCUUACAAAGCAGACCAAGUCUUAGUGCCAGCCGGUCCAGGGCCCCAGUGUUGGGCCCCUGGCCAGCUUUUCCCACGGUGCCCCAAGGCAGACUGGCUAAGAGGGGGGAGGAGGAGGAGUGGGCCCAGCUCGCUCUCUUUUGGCCCUCCUCCAUGCUGCCUCAUAUUCAAACGGUCCUCAUCUCCGACUGCCUCCAACAAGCUUUACAGCCCUCAGAGAGCAUGCUCAGUCUCUGCCUCUGGCCUAAUUGUCCAUCCACUAAUAUGUCCUCAAAGUUAUUAGACCAUGUUAAAGCAUUACAGCUGUCCUAACAGGGUCUCUCAUGCCUGUGCCUGCGUGAUAAAAGUUGUGCAGCUCAGAUUAGAGUCUGGGGAGAAAAGACCAAUAAACACCAGCAUGAAACACGAUUGGCCUGACCAAAUUGAUUCAACAAAGGAGGAGCUGCUGGCCUGGAGAGUAAUCAUUUUCUCUCAAAGGCCUUUCAGUUUUGCUAAAAAAGCAAAAGGACAUGGGGACGGUACAGUUCCCAGUAACAAGGGGGUUUAUUUACGCUUACUGGUCUGAAAUGAAGUGUCAUAUGGUGGAUCUGAAAAUCAAUUUGAACAACAAUAAGGUUACCUGAAAGUGCCCUGCUGAAAUCUUACCAAUGAUUUAUGGCCGCUGCUACUUUUUGCAGAUAUUUUCUUAGUUUUUAAUUGCCUAUGCUACAAAUUUGACAGAAAUAGUGAACAGUCUUUGCUGAAGUUGGUGGAACUAGAGAAGCAAGCCGUUCGAAGCGAGAUUCAUCUUUGAAAAAAAACAGGCAGAUCCACCAGAUUCAGGCCCCGUUUGUUUUCUUUGCAAACUAUUGUUUGCACCCUUCGUAUAGACGCAAACAGAGAAUUCGCCUCUGAAAACGGGGCUUUUUAAAAACUCUGGCCAGAGUAGAUAUUUGAAAAACUUUGUUUGCAUGUAAACAGAGAAAAAUGAAGAAAAAUUGAGAUUGCGGGAAAGAAGAAAGGAACAUUGUUGUUGUUGCUGCUGUGUGGGAUUCGGAUUAGCUAACGUGGGCUUGAGCGUCUCGCUACACUGCCACCCGCAUGUUUGAUAUGCUCUUGACAGCAUUUGUACAUGGGUUAGUGAAAAUGAAAACUUUUCUGAAAAUGUAGAGCUGUGUCCCUUUCUGAAAAUAGCCGGGCACGUUUACGUAGUCUCAGAUUCACCAAAAUAAUUUUGGUUAUUUUUAAUCUGUGACAGCGUCCUGUAUCAUAUCUACAUCUCUGCGUUUGUAACAAAUGAAACCGUGUGAAAAACGGGCAAAAAUCUGAAGAGUUAUGAUUAAUAUUGUUGGGCAUUCCUACCUACCUCAAUAGAAAUAAAUGCACCGGGGGUGCAUGGGGACCCAACCGAGAUGGUGGCUGCACUGAUGCAUGAGCACCAAUAGGAAGCGUCGGUCUAUGAGGCUAAUCUAUUUUUUUCCCAUCUCCAAAAAAUACCCCAAAAAGAAAAGUACCCAAGCAAGACCAGUGAAUGUGCCGAUAAUGAUCACAAUAAAACAAAAUAAAAGUAGGGCUGCACCUGCCAAAUAAAAACUAUUUGCUCCUGUUUUAUCUCUGCUUUUGUCUUUUUCACCAGUGAGACGCACAAUUAUCAGAGAUUUAGAGGAAACAUGUCUGCUGGUGAGACAUUAAAAACUUUUACAGCCAACUUCGGUUUCAGACUUUUAGGUUUUGUCACUGCUGUUAUCAUUUCCCCAGAUUGAGUGUUGUAGUCAACUGAAGUGCUAAAACUAUCAGUAGCUCAGCUUGCAAAGAGCAUCCGAGAAACUCUUUUCAGUGAAAGUGUGAAAAAUUAGCCACUUCGUAACAUCCCUAGUUUUAACCAUCCAGUUUGUGUGGUGAAAACCUCUGCCACUUAUUCGUCUGAGUGACUGAUGCACACUGAGGACAAAUUCUGAUAACCUCCAAAGUUUACAGCCUGCAACACUUUUCUGGAAGUGUUUCUCAAGGUGCAAUGACGCAGCUAAAAAAAAAAAAGUACAGAUAUGCAACUUGCAAAAUGGGAGUCAAUUCAAGGUCCUCUCUGCUCCUGAUUUAAACCUGUUGGGAGGCUCGCUUAAAUGACAGUAGAGAAUGAAGUGAACUGCACUGACAGGUACUAAUGCAGGUUUCUUAUUCUGGAGGACACACACCUUUCACAGAAAUCUCAGCCAGCCCAGCCUCAUGCAGCUAAAACGGCCAAAGGUUACUACCCAGCUGAAUGCAAAAACUGAGAGUGUUGGAAAUCCUCUCCUCUGGCUGUUGAAGAGUUUGACCCUGCAUGUACCACUGUGUCUGUCAGCUGAGAGUGACGUUACCGGGUUGAAAACUGAUUUCUCACAUCGAGUCUCGUGUUUCAGGUCAGAUUGCAGGUCGGCCUCUACAUUGUGUACCUACUAGACUGGCUGACAGUCUUCAGCAGGGAACAGAUCCUGGUCCUGAGGUUGGAAGACCACGCUUCGAACAGGAAAUACACAAUGCACAGAGUCUUUGAUUUUCUUAACCUGGGUGAGUAUGCAGCUUCACAACCUCACGUACGCCUUUAUCGCAUCAACUACAGAUCAGUGAAGACACUCACUGUGAAAUGCAUGUGAUUACAAGCAGCAGGGAUUCUCCAAUUAUCUGAAAUAAAUGUGAAUUAAAGUAUUUCAACAUGAGGCAGUUAAAGUGAUAUUAAAACAGCAGGAUAACAUGAUAAAAAAAGAGCUGUAGUUGAAUUUAGAUUUUCUUUCCAAGUGCUUAAGUCUUCACUGCUCGGCCAAAUAGGUAAGAAAUAAAAUUUCAGUCAGAUGCACAUCUUACAUCUUAUACUGAAUACUAAAUUUUAUCAACUUGUCCUGGGUAUAAAGUAGAUUUAGUGUUUCCCACAAACCAAACUGACAGCUUUUCUCUCUUUGUACGCACAGCAGAGCAUCCUGCCCUUCCUCCUACUGUUUCUUUUGUCCGUAUGUUACUGAUCUUUCGACGGUAUUGAUCAGCGACAGAUUAUAACUGAGAAACCGCAACACAACUCAUAUUUUAAAUCUUUCACCCACAACAGGUGGCAAAAAAACAUAUCAGGAGUCAAGGCUCAGGCUCUAAUUUAGUUGGUAAGGAGACUGAAAACGCUUAAAUCAAAGUAUUUUGUCAACUUUUUCAUUCUAUUUUGGCACCAACGGUUGUAAAUCUCACUUAGUCAAACCCAGUUAUGCCCCCUUUUUUUUCUGAGAACCCCCUGCCUUCAGCUUACCGCUUCCAGUUACCCCGGAGCGUAGACUUAGCUCUUCAAAGCGCUGCCAACAUGAGCCAAGGUGUGACUGCCUACCAGAGUGUCAAAUCCUCCCCUCAUGGCUCUGCUGAUGCACCGUGUCAUUCAAGCGUCUUCCAACCAAUUUUUUUGAGACGUUUGUUUAAUGCUGUGGCAAAAUCUAAAGCGACCCAGAAAGCCGAGAAGUACCGUAUAUAAGAAGUGUUUUUUUAUGUGUUUUACAGGUCCGUUGACAAAAGAAAGAGAGUCAGAGAUCACAAGAAGUCCAGCGUCUAACACCAGGAGACCAGCUGACAAAAACCUGGGACCCAUGCUGCCCGUCACUAAAGAGAUCCUGCGGGAUUUCUACACGCCGUUCAACGAGAAAUUAGCCAAAGUGCUGCGCAAUAACUCCUUCCUCUGGGAGAAUGACUCUUAACUGUGAGCAGCCCAGCUCCCCUAAACUUCAGUAAAAAAAACAAGAAACCACUGAUGUGUCAGCCAGCCCCCUUCCUUUGAGUUUCAUCUCGCUCAAGUGCCCAUGGAGAUCAAUGUUUUUGUUUUUAAUUUAAAUUAUUUUUUAAGUUAUAAAAGCAGAGAUGAAUCAAAGACGGAAAAUAGCACAAAGAGAGAGUGGUGAUUUUGUGAUGUGUGUGAGUGUGUGUGUGUGUACAUGUGUGUGUGUUUGAGUGAGUGCAAGAGAGAAAUGUUGGCAAGUCUUUGUUUUUUUUCUUUUUUGUGACCAGAUGUACAAAAUUAAAUAGUGAAUUCAAAAACAGAGUCCUGUGUUGUCUUUUAAACAUGGUGAUUAAUUAAAAGAUAAACAGCCAACAA